AUGGUUGACCGACAAGAAGUUGUGAUGUCAAUUAUGAGAUCACAAUGCAGCAACUGGUCAGAUAGUCAGGCACACAGGGGAGGGGAGUCUCAUAGGGCUGAAUAAGCAGGGAAGUAGAGGGUCCCUUCUGACUACGCUGAGCAGGACAAGACAGAAAAUAACAAAAGGGGUAUGUUGUUAGCAUCCAGCUUCCCAGAAGUUGCAUCAGGUUUGUUUUUCUUCCAGUGCACAGAUCUAGCCAGGAGGCAAUUGGAAAGAAAAACCCCACUCCUUCUGAACAAGCUCCCUUUAGGACCAAAACAUGAUUGCAGGUGCAUCUUCCACCCCAUUCUGCUCACACCAAACUGCUUUCACUUAUAUGCUGCCACCUCGUGGCAACUGGCAGUCAAAAUUGUCUUGUCACCUCUCCCAGCUGAGCUGUAAAGCUAGUUCAGUAAGUUAGUGUGCGGAUGGACGAGAGAGAGAGAAAUUAUAUGGAAUUACUGUCCUUUAGCAAGGAUGCCCUUCAUUUCCUAAUGCAUGUUUUGCACAGAAGAUUAUCCCCAUGACAAGCACUCUGUCAGAUGGUUUUGGCAGUUAACUUGCGCAGGUCAAGGAAGAUCUCGGAAAAGUGUGGCUUGAUUCAAUUUUGCCGGCUGCUAAGUUCCAUCAAUUGGUGAAAUUCGUUUCCUCCCCAGCUGACCUCUAAGCCCUGAUCCAUAGGUCAGCAGAUGUUGCGACAACAGCACCACAGGGGAAGCUCCCAUUGUCCGUUUCCUGCACCUUGGAGCUAGGAUGAGCUGGCACCGCCUACACCAGUGGUACCCAAAUUGGGCAGUACCACCCCCUGGGGGGAAUUACCUUGUUGUUGUUUAGUUGUUUAGUCAUGUCUGACUCUUCGUGACCCCCUGGACCAGAGCACGCCAGGCACUCCUGUCUUCCACUGCCUCCCGCAGUUUGGUCAAACUCAUGCUGGUAGCUUCGAGAACACUGUCCAGCCAUCUUGUCCGCUGUCGUCUCCUUCUCCUUGUGCCCUCCAUCUUUCCCAACAUCAGGGUCUUUUCCAGGGAGUCUUCUCUUCUCAGGAGGUGGCCAAAGUCUUGGAGCCUCAGCUUCAGGAUCUGUGCUAAGUGGCAAGGGGAAAGCUUGGGAUGCUAGAGGUACAGGUGAUUAUCAAACUUUGAAAAGCUAGUAUCGCUGGAUGAAGUUCAUCAGUUUUGUUCAGCUAAAACUAAAUAGUUUUAAUUGAAUCUUGAAUGUUCAAUUAAUUGUUACUGCUUUGAAUUCUGUUGCGCUAUUAUCUUCCUUAGUGGGUCAUGCAGACCACUGUUCUGAAUAAUGUUUUACAGUGGUACCUUGGCAUACAGAUGUUUCAGGUUACAGACACUUCAGGUUACAGACUCCACUAACCCAGAAAUAGUACCUCGGGUUAAGAACUUUGCUUCAGGAGACCCCCAUUAGCUAAAGUGGUACCUCAGGUUAAGAACAGUUUCAGGUUAAGAACGGACCUCCAGAACGAAUUAAGUUCUUAACCCGAGGUACCACUGUGUAUAUUAGGGUAAGGGAGCACUGGGGAUGAGUUUAUGGAACCAAGCAGGCAAUGGUCUGAAAAAGUUUGGAAACUGCUGAUCUACAGGAACUAGCAGGGAGCUGCUAUGCUAGUGAAGGCCCUGUGUUGACGCAGUCAGCUUCUCCCAAAUCCUUGGUCAUCUACUGGGUCCCAAUGUCCUUCCUUGGCUUCUCCGUCCUCCUGAGCAGGCCCCUCUCACCUGAUUAAGUGCACCCCCUCCCUUUUGCAUUAUGUUUCCUAUGCAUUGAAAUGAGUGCUGUGGAAUAAUGUGAGAACAAUGAUUUUUUCUUACUUAAUUACGUAAAUUACAUAAAUUGCAAAAUUUCAUAGAAUUGUACAACGGUAGAGUUGGAAGGGACCCCGGGGUGAUGUAGUCCAACCCCCUGCAAUGCAGGAAUCUCAACUAAAGCAUCCAUGACAGAUGGCCAUCUGAUCUCUGCUUAAAAGCCUCCAAGGAAGGAGAAUCCUUCACCUUCAGAGGGAGUCCGUUCCACUGCUGAAUAGCUCUUACCAUCAGAAAGUUCUUCCUGAUGUUCAGGCAGAUUUUCUUGUAACUUGAAGCCAUUGGCUUGGGUCUUACCCUCCAGAGCAGAAGAAAACAAAAAGCGAGAUGUAUAUUUUAGGUUUUGGUGGAAGGCAAACUGCAGCUGAACGGAAGCGCUGCUGCAAAUGAUGAACACAGAGAGGAACGGAAAGUGAUGCUGCCAUACCCCCUUUACUUGGAAAAGAGACAAACUCUUUCCACAACAUGGGAAAUAGAUUGGCUUAUUCCUGAACCCAUCUGAAUGUGGACCCUCCUCCUUCCAGCUCUUGCCCACCAUUGGUCCCCACUGCCAAGCCACUCUCUCCCUGCCAUCUGUUUAAAUUCAGCUGCUGGGGCCAUGUUCAAGGUCACUGUAUUAAUUUACAAAGACCUUGAACCACUUAGGUCCAGGGUACCUCCGGGAUCAUCUGAACCCUGAUUCUCCCAGCUUCAUCGCUGAGAUUGUUCCCUUGGUUGGUGCGGCUCACUUGACAAUGACUAGAAGCUGAGCCUGUGGUACCAUUGGCCCAGCCUUGUGGCAAAGUCUGCCAAUAUAGAUUCAGCAGGUGCCUUCUGUGCCAAAUUUUAAACACCCGCUGAAAACUCUUCUCAUGGCGCAGAAGCAAAAUACCCCUGUUUCUUAGUCCCAACCAGAACGUGGGAGCCAAAACGGAACAUCUGGGAUUGGGAUCAGAAGCCAAAGGCGGCUUCUGUCCAUCUGGAUUGUCCCCCUUAAAUUGGGACACUUUGAGGCACUGGGAUGGGGAUCUGCCUGCAAAAGCUUUCCUAUGGUUCAUAUUGAGCCAUGAAAGGUCCCAACUGAGAUCAUUGUCCUGUUGCCCUAGGUUCCCUACAAGUACAGUGGUACCUCGGGUUAAGAACUUAAUUCGUUCUGGAGGUCCGUUCUUAACCUGAAACUGUUGAAGAAGAAGAGUUUGGAUUUGAUAUCCCGCCUUUCACUCCCUUUAAGGAGUCUCAAAGCGGCUAACAUUCUCCUUUCCCUUCCUCCCCUACAACAAACACUCUGUGAGGUGAGUGGGACUGAGAGACUUCAGAGAAGUGUGACUGGCCCAAGGUCACCCAGCAGCUGCAUGUGGAGGAGCGGAGACGCGAACCCGGUUCCCCAGAUUAUGAGUCUACCGCUCUUAACCACUACACCACACUGGCUCUACCAGUGUUUUUAACCUGAAGCACCACUUUAGCUAAUGGGGCCUCCCGCUGCCACCACUGCGCGAUUUCUGUUCUCAUCCUGAAGCAAAGUUCUUAACCCAAGGUACUAUUUCUGGGUUAGCGGAGUCUGCAAUCUGAAGCGUCUGUAACCUGAAGUGUCUGUAACCCGAGGUACCACUAUAUGUCACAAAGCUGAAGAACUAAAGCCCACCGACCCUAGACUCCGAUGAGGGCUUUUCCCAGAGCCCCCACGCACUGUGCCGGUUCUUCAGAAGAAAUUAUCUUAUCUGAAAGAGGAAGUAUUAAAAACCCUCCGAUACUUCCUUUCCUUUGCAUUUUGCCUCCCCUGGUUUCCAAGAUAUUAAGGCGCCGACUAAUAUUUCCCCCGCUGCAUUUCCUCCUCUGCCUGCCUGCCAAGAUCUGUGUGUGCAAACAAGAGUUUCUUCCUUUUUCUAAUUAGGUGUCCUCCUCUGCUCCUCAAAGGGGAGCAGCGGAAAAUGAAAGAACUGGCAAGCAGGGGAAGGCGGGAGAGAGAGAGAGAGAGAAAGAGCUACGUUGGUCUGCUUCAUUCAGCAUUACUAAAAUGUGCACACUAUUGCUGAUUUGGGGAGCUGCUGCUGCUGCGAACAAAGCCUGGUGUCUUGUUAGGUGGACAGAGGGACUGGUGUGUAAAAUGGAGCAGAAUGGUAGAAUCAUAGAAUUGCAAGGGACCCCGAGGGUCAUCUAGUCUAACCCCCUCUUGCAAUGCAGGAAUCUCAACUCAAGCAUGCAUGACAGAUGGUCAUCCAACCUCUGCUUCGAAACCUCCAGGGAAGGAGGGUCCAAAACCUCGUGGAGGGAGGCCAUUAUAAUACUGAGCUGGAGAGUAAAUGUUUCGUCGGAGGCAUGCCUUCUGUAGUUGCUGACUUCAUCCACGUCUCCCAGGCUAAUGUGGAAUGUAUUACCCUUCUGAUUUUGUAACUCGCUUGCAGAGUCAUGAGGUGGUCCACAGGCUGCUUCUUUCAAACAUUUCUGCUAUAACUCUUGCAGGCGACCGCAGCUCUAAGCAGCUAGAAAGCCUGGCUGCUGUUGUAACUGCCGCACACAGUUUCAGAAUGAAAUACUUAACUUGCCACCAUGUAGUGUUCAUAAUAAUGAAUAGUGUUCAUAAAAAUAGUGGUACCUCGGGUUAAGAACUUAAUUUGAAACUGUUCUUAACCUGAGGUACCACUUUAGCUAAUGGAGCCUCCCGCUGCCACCGUGCCACCAUCGUGAGAUUUCUGUUCUCAUUCUGAGGUAAAGAUCUUAACCCGAGGUACCAUUUCUGGGUUAGCGGAGUCUGUAACCUGAAGCGUCUGUAACCUGAAGUGUCUGUAACCCAAGGUACCACUGUAAUAAUAUAAUAAUUUAUUAUUUAUACCCCACCCAUCUGGCUAGGUUUCCCCAGUCACUCUGGGCUGCUUCCAACAAAGUAUUAAAAUACAGUGGUCCAUUAAACAUUAAAAGCUUCCCUAAACAGGGUUGCCUUCAGAUGUCUUCUAAAAGUCUGGUAGUUGUUCUUCUCUUUGACAUCUGGUGGGAGGGUGUUCCACAGGGCGGGUGCCACUACCGAGAAGGCCCUCUGCCUGGUUCCCUGUAACUUGGCUUCUCGCAGUGAGGGAACCGCCAGAAGGCCCUCAGUGCUGGACCUCGGUGUCCGGGCAGAACGAUGGGGGUGGAGACACUCCUUCAGGUAUACUGGGCCGAGGCCAUUUAGGGCUUUCAAGGUCAGCACCAACACUUUGAAUUGUGCUCGGAAACAUACUGGGAGCCAAUGUAGGUCUUUCAAGACCGGUGUUAUGUGGUCUUGGCGCUUCUCUGCCCCAUCUCAAGCCCAUACAGGUAAGUAGCAAUGCUUCUGGUGAUGAAAGAGGUUCCCAGCCUCUCCGCCCCAGCAGACGUGCUGCUACCAGUGUGUAUGAAAUGUUUUGCAUUUAGCCUGGAUAGCUCAGAUGGUUAGAGCAUAGCGUUGAUAAUGGCAAGGUUGCAGAUUCGAUCCCUGUAUGGGACAGCUGUGUAUUCCUGCAUUCCAACUCUAUUAUUCUAUUAUAAAUAAGGCCCCCCUUCACCAUUUUGGCUCAGCCCCCUAACCUGCCCCUCCAUGUUGUCAUUUUUAUUAUUACAAUUUUUAUAGUUUUAUAAAGAUGCAGUUGCCUCUCAUCACUGUAAAUAUGAACAAUGCAGACAAAUUAGAAGCUGAAAAAAUGGAAAUAGAUUCCUGCACUGCAGGAGGUUGGACUAGAUGACCCUCGUGGGCCCUUCCAACAUUAUAAUUCUGUGAUUCUGAAUUUUUAAAAAAGGCUUUAGUGAUCAGUUAUACCCUCAUAGCUUUAAUUCUCUUUUAUUUUAUUUUUUAAAUUAAUUUUAUUUUUUUCUCAUCACAAAUAUACUUCUAUCCACAACAUACAAUUUGCAUAAUAUCUCCUCCUCCCUCCCUUUGGACUUCCCUCAACUUCCAUUUCUGAUUUAUUAUCCUCCCGAUUGCAUUCUGCUGUUUUUUUACAAUAUAUCAUAUUUUCCUUUUGUUACAAUACAGUAAUACCUCGUGUUACGUUUGCUUCAUUUUUCAGGUUGCGCCCAUGGCAACCCGGAAGUACCGGAAAGGGUUACUUCCGGGUUUCACCACUCGCGCAUGCGCAGACACGCAAAAUGAUGUCAUGCGCAUGCGCAGAAGUGGCAAAUCGCGACCCGCACAGACACGGGUUGCGUUCUCUCAUGUUGCGAACGGGGCUCUGGAACGGAUCCUGUUCACAACCAGAGGUACCACUGUAUUUGUUCCCUGUCCAUAAAAGCAAAUGCCAAAGCUUUAAUUCUCAAUCCAGUCACGUGUUUUCUGAUUUCUUUUUUUCAAUUAUUCAUAGAACAAGCACAUGAUCCCGUGGUUCAGGAGUUAACCAUGGUCCCAUUAGCUACCAUAUUUCUCCACGUUUCAUGGAAGAGCUAAUGGCUCCUAGCCGCAAUGGCUAUGUUCUGCCACCACAGUUGGAGGCAGCGAUGUUUCUGAAUACCAGUUGCUGGAAACCACAGGAGGGGCGAGACUUCUUGUGCUCAGAUCCUUCUCGUGGAAUUCCCACGGGCCUCUGACCGGCCACUGUGAGAUUUCUUUCUUUAUGGUCUAUUGGUUUGUUGGCUUGUCUGUGUCUGAAAGGCAGGGGGCGGGAGGCUGAGGAGACCUGGCAGUGGAGAAAAGGCCUGGCGCAGUCCGAGAGAAGCGUCUCUGAAGUAAGCAGCCGCCAGCGCCCUGUCUUCGGUGCUCGAUUGCUCUUGCGGACAGCCCUCGCUUGAUAGCCAUGUCUGAUCUCCGCCGCCUUUGUGCAGUGACUGGCACUUGUUGUAUUGACGCUGAACUCCUGACCUUGCGUUGUCUCGGUCCGUGACCUCAUGUCAAAACCACUUUGGGUAGAGUUUCAUUGACCGGGUUGCCUCAGGUUCCCAAAGGAGGGCGAUUGCUCAGGCCGGUGAGCGACAGGCGCUCCUCGCUCUUCCCUCCUUCCCUCUCCCCGCCUUCCUCGAACAGCUUCAGGGACAGCAAAAGGAAGGACAGAGGAGGGAGAGGCAUCAACCUGAGCUGUCGCUUCAACUAGCCAGGAACACAGGCAAAGCAGAAUGGAAAGAAAACAUUCGAUGCCGCAAACAAGCUUGGCACAGGUAGCUCACAGCAGCAGGCAGCAGGCAACGCUCUGGGCCAGGGGUCAGCAAACUUUUUCAGCAGGGGGCCGGUCCACUGUCCCUCAGACCUUGUGAGGGGCCGGACUAUAUUUUGGAGAAAAAAUAUAUGAAUGAAUUCCUAUGUCCCAGAAAUAACCCAGAGAUGCAUUUUAAAUAAAAGGGCACAUUCUACUCAUGUAAAAACAUGCUGAUUCCCGGACCGUCUGGGGGCCGGAUUUAGAAAGUGAUUGGGCUGCAUCCAGUCCAUGGGCCUUAGGUCGCCUACCCCUGGUUUAUGAGCGGAAGAAGGUGCCUUACUCUGUAUCUGGUCAUUGGCAUAGCUGUCAACUUUCAGAUUUGAAAAUAAGGGAUCAGCAGCCUCACCUGUCCCAGGGACAGUCCACGGGAUAUCUAACAAUCCGGGAUAGCAGCGGGAAGCAGCGGGAAAUGGCGCUGAAAUAAGGGAAUUUCCCGCAAAAAAGGGAAGGUUGACAGCUAUAGUCUUUGGUCCAUCUAGCUCAGUAUUAAUGGGCACUGGCUGGCGGAGGCUUUUCAGGUUUUCAGACAGCCUUCUCACCCAGCCCUACCUUGAGAUGCCAGGGUUGAACUUGGGAGGUGUAGCGGUUAAGAGCGGUAGACUCGUAAUCUGGUGAACUAGGUUCGCAUCCUCACUCCUCCACAAAUAACCCAGAGAUACAUUUUAAAUAAAAGGACACAUUCUACUCGUGUAAAAACAUGCUGAUUCCCAGACUGUCCGGGGGCCGGAUUUAGAAGGCGAUUGGGCCAGAUGUGGCCCCCAGGCCUUAGGUUGCCUACCCUUGCUCUGGGCCAAUGUGGUGGUGCAGAGGUUAGAGUGUCCAGCUAGUACUCGGGAGAGACUAGGGUUUGAAUCCCCCACUCUCUAUGUGGCCUCGCGUCCAUCACUCGCUCCCAGCCUUACCUACCUUGCAAGGUCAUCGUGAGGAUAAAACGGGGAGAAGAAAUGUGUGUGUCUCCUUGAGCUCCCUGCUGGAAAGAAGGUGCAAGAAGCAAAUCCUCCUUGCUUAGCUCAGCUGGUAGAGCAUGAGACUGUUAAUCUCAGGGCUGUGGGUUCAAUCGUCUUCUUUGGCUAGCACUUGUAGCCGAGUAAGAUUGUCCUCCAUAAACACAGUUUUAACAGUGAGUCCGUAAGUGACUGUGGAGGCCAAUUCUGGAUCCACACGUCCUUCCACAGUGGAGACAUUGGUUUCUGGUUGGGAGUUGAUCACGGUGAGGGUUUGCCAAGCGUGCCUUCUUCUUAACUCGUUUCUCCCUUUCAUCCUGAGUUCGGGCGUCUUCAAAGUCCAUGACACCUUUGGCAAAGGUUGUUCUCCAACUGGAACGCUCACAGGCCAGUGUUUCCCAGUUGUCCGUGUUUAUACUACAUUUGUUUAAGAUUUGCCUUCAGAGAGUCUCUGAACCUCUUUUGUUGACCACCGGAAAUAUGCUUUCCAUUUUUAAGUUCGGAAUAGAGUAGUUGCUUCGAAAGACGAUAACCAGGCAUCUGAACAAUAUGCACCAUGUUAGGCAAAAGAUUCCUGCAACUAGAUGACCUGUGUGGUCCCUCCCAUCUCUACAUUUAUAUGAUUCCCUAAUUCUAUGAAAGCAACACAUUGAUGAUGAGAAAACUGCAUUAGGUGGCUAUCAGGCUGGGUUGGGUUUGAUGUUAUUUGGUUAAUUCACAAAGAACCCUAAACAUAGGAAUGUAGGGUUGGAGGAGACCCUUGAGGGUCAUCUAGCCCACCCCCACCCCCGAGGAAUCACAUAUCAGGCCUAAAGUACUAUCAGAUUCCUUAUGGUUUGCCUCCAUCACUGAGAUCCUCUGAUGGGCCCUUCUUGUGAUUCCUCCACACCCCUGAGGUUCAGCCAGACUUUACUAGGGACAGACCCUGCCCUGUGGAACUACCUGCCAGGAGAGGUUUGGCAGCUAUCAUCCCUGUCUUCUGUUAGACAUCUCCUAACGGCUAUGUUACUCAGACAAGCCUUUGAAGUGUGAAUUUCUUUAUAACUGACCGGUAUUGACUAACCUUUUUAUGGACACCUUUACUGCUCUUAUUGUAAUAUUGUGUGCUGUAUACUACCUUGCUAUAUAUUUUUUUUAUGAAAGUGUAGUCUAUAAAUCUGCCAAUAAAUGAAUAAAGAGGCUGGGUAUUGUGCAAGGCUGCAGGCAGCACUGGAAGCAAAAUAACAGGUCCACUCUGAGCAAUCCAGGCACCGUUGCUGUAACCCCCAAAUUACCUAAGUUUCAGGACAUAUUUGGGCUACCAAUGCAUUCAUGAGUGCCCCUGGACUCUUGUAUUUUCAGAUGCCUCCCUAUUCUCUAUGAUGAGUACAGAAAUUGUGAUUUUCUUUUUGAAAGUUUGGACACAACACAGAUUUCAAAAGAGGGAUUUGUGUGGUUGAGUCAGAUAGAGUUAAGAACCUCCAGAUUCCUAGACUAUUCCAGACUAUCCCAAGUUAACCGCUCUGCUGACCUCCCUACCUCUUUGAUGUUUAAAUAGGUACAUCUUAGUUUGUUUGUUUUUUAAAUGAUAUUUAUUAAAGUUUCACAUAAAAAGAAACACAUCGAUAAGAAAAGAAUUUAAAAAUAAAAAGAAAAAUACACAAUACAAAAUACAAAAAAAAAGAAAAGAAAAAACAGUUAAAAACAAUUCCAUCUUUUCAUCACUACUUUUGAAUUUACUUAUUUUCUGGAGCUCCUCCUACCUCCCUCUUUUGCAUUCCAAUUCAGUUUGUUUGUCCAGCAAUUCCUUUCCCUCCUUUUUAAUCCCAAUCCUUAAUCUUAAUAUAAUAUAACAUUAAAUUUUUAUCUAUUAAUAGCCAAUUUUCCAUUCUUUUAACCUUUUUAAUCCUAAUCCUUAAUCUUGAUCUGUAUAUAACUUUAAGGGCUGUACAGCUAGAAGCCACUUAAUUUCAAUCCAUCAUCACUCUAACAUUCUUUAAUUUUGCAAUAUUUCUGUAGGUAAUCUUUAAAUUUCUUCCAAUCUUCUUCCACCGACUCUUCUCCCUGGUCACAGAUUCUGCCAGUCAUUUCCGCCAAUUCCAUAUAGUCCAUCAGUUUCAUCUGCCAUUCCUCCAGUGUGGGUAGCUCUUGUGUCUUCCAAUACUUUGCAAUGAGUAUUCUUGCUGCUGUUGUUGCAUACAUAAAGAAAGUUCUAUCCUUUUUUAACACCGAUUGGCCGACUAUGCCCAGGAGAAAGGCCUCUGGUUUCUUCAAGACGGUAUAUUUAAAUACCUUUUUUAAUUCAUUAUAUAUCAUUUCCCAGAAAGCCUUAAUCUUUGGGCAUGUCCACCAAAGGUGAAAAAAUGUACCUUCACUUAGUUUGAAUCCUCUUUACAACUUCCUCCUCCUACACUUCUCUGUGGGACCUCAAGAUGAGAGAUCACCUGGGAUCUAUCCUCUGAGAAGAAAGGAGAAAACAUAGCUGCCCUAAUCUUCUCUAGAUUUGUUAAGUUAGAUCUACAAACUUGGUUUACACACACUCCUAUUGAAGUUAGGCACUUCCUAUAUUAAUGGCGUUUUUAUUCUAAGGAAUUAGAUGCAGAAAUAUAGGAUAGGGGACCGCUGACUUGUCAGCAGUACACGUGACCAAAAACAAUUGGUCUUCACAGAACCCAAGUUUAACAUGAGUCAACAGUGUGAUGCAGCAGCAAAAAAAGCUAAUGCUAUUCGGGGCUUCAUCAACAGAAGUCUAGUGUCCAGGUCAAGGGAAGUAAUAAUCCCACUCUAUGUUGCCUUGGUCAGACCACACCUGGCAUAGUGUGUCCGGUUCUGAGUGCCACAAUUUAAGAAGAAUAUUGACAAACUGGAAGGUGUACAGAGGAGGGCAACCAAGAUGAUCAAGGGUCUGGAAACCAAGCCCUGUGAGGAAAGAUUGAGGGAGUUUGGGAUGUUUAGUCUGGAAAAGAGACUGAGAGGUGAUAUGACAGCAUCUUCAAAGAUCUGAAUGGCUUCUCACAUGCAAGAUGGAGCAAGCUUGUUUUCUGCUGCUCCAGAGAGUAGGACCUGAAGUAAUGGAUUCAAACUACAAGAAGAGGGAUUACCACUAAGCAUGAGGAAGAACUUUCUGACAGUAAGUGCUUCCUCUUAUCCCAUUGCUUUGUGAUUGGGGAAAACCACUCUUUAGCGUUCAGUUGGAGCAAACGACAAUUUAGGUUUUCUCCGGAUUGAUGCUUGCUCUGAUUGAGCACUAGAGAGCGGGUUUUCUCUUGGAAAGGAGCAAGGCAAGGGGGAAACUGCUUGGGCUCAUGCCUAGAAAGUGUGGGUCAAGCAGAAAACCACUUGGACCCAUAUGUUUUUAAGCAGAAAUGUGGACAACCCCUAUGAGUUGUUCGACAGUGAAAUGGAGUAUUGGGCUUCCUUGGAAGUUUUUAAGGAUAGGUUGGAUGGUCAUCUGUCUGGGGUUAUUUAACUGUGAUUCCAUGGGGGUUGGAUUAGAUGGGCCUUGCAGUCCCUUCCAAUGCUGCCCUGUUACGGUUCUAUGAUAAACAACCUUGUUAUUUUCUAACAAUGCAAGUCCUAGCGAUUGCAACCGGCAAAGUCUACUCUGUAACAUAAAGCAACACAAGCCAAACACUGCAGACUAUGCAUGCCAAAGAGUUCCGGUAGGCAAUUGAGUUCAGUUUUCCAAUAGUUCAUCCAUGUGUGGUGUUUGUGUGUGUUUGUUUGUGUGUGAUUCAAAGAGGAGAGCUGUUUCUCUUUGAGUGCCCACUGACUCUCAGUCUGAGCAUGUACAUCUGUCUGCUGCAGUCCGGCUAGCUUCUUUUCAAGUGGCUGUGCAUUGCUUGGGCAAUCGUGGUGAUCUCAAAAAGCCUUCAGUCCCGGUUCCCUGAUGACACACACCAGUCAGUCAAAGAGCCCUUUGUGGCAAGGCCUGCUACACUUCUCUGGAGUCACCCCCCCGCCAGAUCCCAGGAGGUCAUCAUUGCAUUCCAUGUGCGUGAGGCAGGCAUGAUCUCAUCCCCAACUGAAGAACAGUGUCUGGCCUGCCAGCUUUGCAAGUGAGUCGCUGCAAGAACAGUUUCCAAGCAUCACGUCAUAUGCAUCCUCAUGCAGUCAGCAGCACAUGCGGACAGAUUCCCAUAUGUGUUUAUGUAGAUAAAAGUGCCACUAAACCAGCUAGGGCUUCCUGAUAGGAAAGAUUAGGAAUGAAUUAUCGGGCUCCCUCAGGCUUCUGGGUGCCUAAGCAAGCAGUUGAUUCCAAACAGGCAAAACUGAGGCUAUAGCAAACAGAAUGAGAAGAAGAAGAAGAAGAAGAAGAAGAAGAAGAAGAAGAAGAAGAAGAAGAAGAAGAAGAAGGAGAACAACAACAACAACAACAACAACAACAACAACAACAACAACAACAACAAAUUAUUAUUAUUUAUACCCUCCCACUCUGGGCUGCUCCCAAUCGAAUAUUAAAAACACACUAAAGCAUUAAACAUUAAAAAGCUUCCCUAAACAGGGCUGCCUUCAGAUGUCUUCUAAAAGUCAAAUACUUGCUUAUUUCCUUGACAUCUGGUGGGAGGGCGUUCCACAGGGCGGGCACCACCACCGAGAAGGCCCUCUGCCUGGUUCCCUGUAGCUUUGCUUCUCGCAGUGAGGGAACCGCCAGAAGGCCCUCAGCGCUGGAUCUCACUGUCCAGGCAGAACAAUGGGGGUGGAGACGCUCCUUCUGUCAAACAGCUCUUACUGUCAGAAAGUUCUUCCUGAUGUUUAGUCGGAAUCUCCUUUCUUGUAACUUGAAACCAUUGUUCGGGUCCUACCCUCUGAAGCAGGGGAAAGCAAACAAAUGACUCCUGGGAAUGAAGGGUGCAUGGAAAUGAGGCUCUGUGAGUAAAAAAUUACAGUCCCCAUCAUGCAGUUUAAAUGACCAUUGGUCGUGCUUUAAAUUAUAUUCUAUAGUAAGAGCUCGGGUGGCGCUGUGGGUUAAACCACAGAGCCUAGGACUUGCUGAUCAGAAGGUCGGUGGUUCGAAUCCCCACGACGGGGUGAGCUCCCAUUGCUCGGUCCCUGCCCCUGCCAACCUAGCAGUUCAAAAGCACGUCAAAGUGCAAGUAGAUAAAUAGGUACUGCUCCGGCGGGAAGGUAAAUGGUGUUUCCGUGCACUGCUCUGGAUUCGCCAGAAGCAGCUUUGUCAUGCUGGCCAGAUGACCUGGAAGCUGUACGCCGGCUCCCUUGGCCAAUAAAGCGACAUGAGCGCCACAACCCCAGAGUCAGCCAUGACUUGACCUAAUGUUCCGGAGUCCCUUUACCUUUACCUUAAGAGCUAUUUGAUGGUGGAACAGAUGCCCUCAGAAGGUUAUGGACUCCCCUUCCAUGGAGGUCUUUAAGCAGAGGUUGGAUGACCAUCUGUCAGGGAUGCUUUAGCUGGGAUUCCUGCAUUGUAGGGAGUUGGGCCUAGAGGAUGCUUUGGGUCUCUUCCAGCUCUACAAGUCUACUAUUCUGUGAUUAUAAUACCUUAGAAGCUCAGUGCAGAGAAUCCACAGCCACUGACAUUCUUUGCAUACUACAUGCCCUGCAGGACACUGUGUGCGAAGCUCCGUCGAAGGUGGAACUCCAUUGCCCAAUGUCACAAACCCCCAGGAAGGGUAGGGCCUGCUCCUCCUGGCAGAGGCCGGCUGCUUCUGGGGUGAGCCCAGCCUCGGCUAAUGGAUGCCUUGGCAGGGCUCCUUGCGCGCUGAAUGCUUGCUCUUGGCAGGCUGUUACCUUGAAAAAUGAGCUCUCCCGAGCUUGCCUCUUGUUGCUACAAACGAACGCUUCCCAUUGAUUAGCACAAGCCUUGUAAGUGUCUAAUUUAUCAAUCAGCCAGCGCGGUGGGAGUGUGUGUAAACCAAGAUUUCAAAAAUUAUGUCAUCUGUCAAUUGACUGGGGAAUGUGAUUGUUGUGUGGGCUUGGCGCGGAGGGCCCUCACUCAGAGGAGAGAUGAAAUGGAGGUGAAUUGAAUCACCUCCCACCGUGGCCGGCAGCCCAAGACGAUCGCUGGCCUUCAUGGUACAGGACUCUGAGCCUGGUGAAAUGGGAGGUAAGCCCAGGAUGUUCUCCCCUGGGAACUUGCUGAGAUGAGCAAGAGCUCUCCUUGUGCAUAAGAAAUUCCUUGUGGGUUGUGUCCAUGGGGAUGUCCCCAGUACAGUGGUACCUCGGGUUAAGUACUUAAUUCGUUCUGGAGGUCCGUUCUUAACCUGAAACUGUUCUUAACCUGAAGCACCACUUUACCUAAUGGGGCGUCCUGCUGCCGCCGCGCUGCCGGAGCACGAUUUCUGUUCUUAUUCUGAAGCAAAGUUCUUAACCUGAAGCACUAUUUCUGGGUUAGCGGAGUCUGUAACCUGAAGCGUAUGUAACCUGAGGUACCACUGUACAUGAAGGCUCUUGUGGCAACCACACAGGGUCCCCGGACGUUUAAUGGUCUAUUGAUCCCUGUGCCACCACUGUGCUCACUUCCCUGCUGCCAGCAACCCGUUGUUGUUGUUGUUUAGACAUUUAGUCGUGUCCGACUCUUCAUGACCCCAUGGACCAGAGCACGCCAGGCACUCCUGUCUUCCACUGCCUCCCGCAGUUUGGUCAAACUCAUGUUGGUAGCUCCGAGAACACUGUCCAACCAUCUCAUCCUCUGUCUUCCCCUUCUCCUUGUGCCCUCCAUCUUUCCCAACAUCAGGGUCUUUUCCAGGGUCUUUUCUCUUCUCAUGAGGCGGCCAAAGUAUUGGAGCCUCAGGUUCAGGAUCUGUCCUUCCAGUGAGCACUCAGGGCUGAUUUCCUUAAGAAUGGAUAUGUUUGAUCUUCUUGCAGUCCAUGGGACUCUCAAGAGUCUCCUCCAGCACCAAAAUUCAAAAGCAUCAAUUCUUCGGCGAUCAGCCUUCUUUAUGGUCCAGCUCUCACUUCCAUACAUCACUACUGGGAAAACCAUAGCUUUAACUAUACUUUAACUUUAAACACUGAGUCCAGACUGUUGUUUAAAUUGAACCAAAUAAACAAGUUUAUUUCAUAAACCUUAACAAGUUUAUGGUUUCUCCGAUAAUAUUCCUGUCAGUUUCUUAGCUUUAGUUUCUUUACCGGCCUAUUCCUUCCUAAUACCUUCUGACUGAUUAUAUCAACUGUUUGACUGACUCGUCUUAACAGAUUCUCUCACUCUCUCCCAUCAGACUAGCCCAACCCACUGACUUAUCUUCCCCAUCUCCUCUCUAACUCCAGGCUGACUUCUCAACCACCCUAACUCAUAACUCUAACUCCUCCCCUUGGGUUCCCAUUGGUUAGUCAUUUUACAAUUAGUUAACCCUUUCCUUAUGGACCCAGUAUGAUGUCACACACCUAGGAGGGCAAACCUCCUUUCACUUUAAUUCCCCAGUUGUGUUUCAGGGCCCUGACAGAGGCCCCAGAGACAUUCUGGAGAAAUCAGGGGCUUUCUGUGCUGGCUUCGUAGAACUCAACAGGGAAUGGGAUACGGCCAGAAUUAUAAUCAGAAUUAGUUGGCUCUGCCUGCCAAUGGCUCUGGUUCCUCUCAUGGGCUCUGGCGCCACCUACUGUCAAUCUCCCUGCCAUCUGCCCUACCAGUCCCAAUUCGCAUCCAUUGCCCCUCCCUCUUUGGCAAAGUGCUUUCCGAGAGAGGAUGGGACGGUGCUGUGCAUGCCCUCACUCUGUUUGCAUCGCCCAAAAAACAGUGAAAAGUUUUGUGAAGAACGAGCUGCAUUUUAGCUCAGUCCUUUGGACAGAACAGAGCAGACAUGUCCAUUUAUCAAACGAAGCACUGUCUAGAUGUGAAAUAAUAAUGCUAAUAGUUUAGUUUAUUCAUUCACAUUCUGUCUUUGGUGACUCACAGUAGACAAAACAAGAACAUCGUGGGGGAAAAGGCAUCCAAAUAAAUAAAUUGCUUCAGACUGAAAUAUUUCAAGGAGGCAGUGGUUCUAAAAAACAAUUUUUCACAGUGUCUAAAAGCUGACAGUCUUGGGCCCACAGUCACCUAUCUAGGGAGGCUUUUACAUAAUUUGGGCACCACAACUGAAAAGGCCCUAUCCCUCAGCGUCUCUCUCAUGCACACUGCUGAUGGCAGGGGAACACAGAGAAGGGUCUUAGUGAUGGGAGGGUAUACUUUUACAUUGACUCAAGUACAGUAUAUUACAUGUUCAGGAGAGGUUUAUUUGAGAGGUGGCUCAUUGAUUAUGGACAUGCCAAACAUUAGACAUAUGCGCAGUGCCUUCUUGGUGGUGGCUCCCCGGUUAUAGGACACUUUGUCCAGAGAGGCUCACCUGUUGCUUAUGCUUCAGCUACAAGUGAUAGCCCAAAAAUAAAAGAAGAAGAAGAUAUGUUCCAUGCUAGGUGAAGACAUUAUUGUUAUUAUUUCCCCAGAACUUUGAACAACUAGGGUUUAAAAAAAAUGCUUUCCAGUUUUUGAACUAUUUUGUUUUCCUCGCUGGCUGGGUUAUGGCUCUGUUUUCAUGUUGCCUUAUGAUGGUUAUAUGCUGGCUGCUGUGGUCGGUCCCUUUCUGCAUAGAUUGAUUCAGCUUUGUGGUUUGCACAGUUGUGAGCCACCCAGAGGACGUUGUUGAUUGGCUGGCAUACAGUGAGGACAUGGAGAGGGAGGUCCUUUGUACUGCGGCUUCUACCUUAGGUGUUUCCAGGAAAGCAAUGACCUACUUGAACUUUCUCCCUGCGUGAGUCCAUGUGUGUGCAAUCUAUAUAGUGUGCCGGAAAGGAUCAGCAACGCUCCAGCCCUUUGAUUUACACAGAGGCCUUGCUUUGACCUAAUUUUGCAUCUCGGUUGGGUGUCCGGCUUAACAAAGGGGUCACUGGGUGAUGCUUUCCUUGGAUUACAACCUACAUCUUUGCCAAUAGCAGAGCUUCCCAGGUGUCCUGCUGGCCGCCUCUCCAGCUGCUGCCUUGUGCUGGGAUUAGAAUGAGAUGUGUGUGCUGCUGAUAUGGAUUUUUAAAACAUUGACUUGCUUUCAGUGUGGUGUAGUGGUUAAGAGCGGUGGACUCGUAAUCCGGUGAACCGGGUUCGCUUCCCCGCUCCUCCACAUGCAGCUGCUGGAUGACCUUGGGCCAGUCACACUUCUCUGAAGUCUCUCAGCCCCACUCACCUCACAGAGUGUUUGUUGUGGGGGAGAAAGGGAAAGGAGAAUGUUAGCCGCUUUGAGACUCCUUUGGGUAGUGAUAAAGCGGGAUAUCAAAUCCAAACUCCUCCUCCUCCUCCUCCUCCUCCUCUUCUACUUCUUCUUCUUUAGUUGUGGAGAAAGGAAGUUGGCUGGCAAGCCUGGCUGUGUGUUGAGCGCUAGAUGAUACCUUGAGACACCCCAAGGCCCCUCCAUUCUGGUGCAUUUUGGAGGAUUUGCACUCAUGACAGAAUCAGGCUGGUUCUGUGCAAUCUCGAUUUUCACACAAGUCUGUGCCUGGAAAAAAUUCAAGGCCAACACACUUCUUCGUUUCUAGUUGGUGCACGCCUCAGAGAUUCUUGCAAAAAAGCCUGCAACUUUCUACACCACAAUUUCUUUUGUGACUGUUCCGGAAAUCCUUGUCUUAGACUCUGUGAAUGGAUUUUGUGGAACUGUAACAACCCUUUGUAUGGAUUAUUGGACUCUAAGAACAGACAGGUGGAAUAGAUACUUAUUCAUGUAUGGACCUUAUGCAUGAACUGACUAGAGAAUGAACGGAUCCACUGGGUCUUCUGCUUUUUCCGUUGAACUUUGUGAGACUUCCGUUGAAAUCUACAAUUUGAUACAAUGAAUAGUAUACCUUAUUUAUUCAAAAGUACAGCCGGUUACGUCUUGUGUGUUUAUUACUUACUAUAAAGCAAGCAUAGGCAAACUUGGCCCUCCAGAUGUUUUGGAAUUACACCUCCCAUCAUCCCUAACAGCACCAGUGCUCAGGGAUGAUGGGAACUGUAGUCUCCAAACCUCUGGAGGGCCGAGUUUGCCUAUGCCUGCUAUAAAGGCUUCCUCCUCAUAGCAGCAGCUGCAAAUUCUAGCCCAGACACUACCUGGGAUUUGGGGGAAGAACCCUGAAUCUUCCUUGGCAGCGAUCUUCACUUUGCAGAGUUUGCAAAUUGCCCUUGCGGCUGCCUCCUGCAAGGGAAGAUGCAGCCCGAGUUUUAUUGCCAAUUGAUUGGCUGUUAGCAGACAUUAGACAAAUUAGAGCAGGCCAUUAAGCCUGGACGGAGGAGCGUAAAUGAGGGAAAGAUGGUGUGUCACUUCCAAUGACCCCCUCCCCUUGCCUCCUGAUGGUUGCCUGCCCUCCCCAAUCAGCAGGAUCAAUAAUGCGACAUCAUGUAGCCCAAAUCAAUGGAACAGCUGGAAUGCCUCACAUAUAUAACGGCCUCGGUGUUAGAUCAUAUGCUCAGGACCUGCUUCCUCUCUCCACCUUGGGAAUGGCAACCAGCAAAGAGUUACGGCCCGUCCUUUGGGGGACAUUAGAUUCAUAAACUAGGGGAGGGAAACCGAUAUUGGAAAAGCAAUAAGGCAUUAGGGAGGCAUCUCUGCAGUCGUAAUGCUCUGGCCGGCUUGCACUCAGGGCAGCCUGGAUUGAUGCGCUGAGCACCAGGCCUAGUUGCGCCUUGUCGAAACGGAACUUUCUUUUUUCUUUUAAAAAUCAUUUUUAUUAAGUUUUCCAUUUUAACAAUCCAAUCCAAUCACAUUAAAUCUUCCAAAUUAUACAUAUAUGUAUCAAAUAAUGCAAAUAUUCUGCCAAAUUAUAAUUUUUUUGUUGGGACUUCCCAUGCUUCAAGUUUGGGGGGGCUCUGAUCAUCUCAUCUCUCUGCUGCUUUUGAUAGUCAUUUCUAAUAGUUCCUUUAAAUCUUCCUGUUGUUAACCUUCUUUCUUUCACGACCUCUGAGUUGUUUCCACAAGCGACUUGAAGUAAAAUUAUGUGUGUCGAAACAGAGCUUUCAACCGCUUUAAUACGAUAGUUUCUAAUGAGAUUAAUUUAUGAAAGGAAGGGAAUAAGGCCCGGGGCUUUGGGCAGAGAUGGGGAGGCACACCUAAUGGGCAGAGUUGCCAGGCUCUUGGCAUGGACCUUGUUUACCUUAUUUAUUCAUUUGAGAUACUUAAAGUCCCAUCCCACUUUAUUCCAGCAGUGGGAGAGCUGCGAAGCUGAGCUCGCUCCAUCAGAUUUGCUGUGAGAAGACAGCUUCAUCAGGGACCUCCUGGCCCUGAACUGUGCCAGCUGGUCAUUCCUCUACAAUUCUAUAAUUCUAUGAUGGUUUAGACGCUGGUGCCUGAGUUUCCAUUUUCCUCUCCCUUCCCUGCCCCUUUCGCUUGCGUGUCAUGCUUUAUUAGAUUCCUAAACCUGCGGGUUGGGACGGUCUAGUUUUGAUCAUAUGUAAUCUGCUGAGACAAGCAGAGACAUCACCUUGCCGACAAAGGUCCGUAUAGUAAAAGCUAUGGUUUUCCCAGUAGUGAUGUAUGGAAGUGAGAGCUGGACCAUAAAGAAGGCUGAUCGCCGAAGAAUGGGUGCUUUUGAAUUAUGGUGCUGGAGGAGACUCUAGAGAGUCCCAUGGACUGCAAGAAGAUCAAACCUAUCCAUUCUGAAGGAAAUCAGCCCUGAGUGCUCACUGGAAGGACAGAUCCUGAAGCUGAGGCUCCAGUACUUUGGCCACCUCAUGAGAAGAGAAGAUUCCCUGGAAAAGACCCUGAUGUUGGGAAAGAUGGAGGGCCCAAGGAGAAGGGGACGACAGAGGGAGCCUUUAUGGCUGUAGAGCAUUGUAGAAAUGUUCUAAACCAGCGGUUCUCAAACUUUUUCUUUUCUUUUCUGGGCCAUGCUUUCAGAAUGAAAAUUUGCAUGCGCCACACCGAAUUCUUUAUUGGUAAGAAAUACGUUGGAAAACAAACAUAAACAACUCCCAGCAGUGUUCUCCACAUGAGUUUGUGCUCUUUCUCUUCAUCAGCACAUGAAAAAAACCCACCAGCAUGUUAAUGCACCUCUCUAAUAACGUGCCCCAUUUUUUAAUGUAUUUCCCCUUGGCUAAUAUAUAUAUUUUUACAGCUUCCCCUAGUACAGUCAUACCUUGGGUUGAAGUAGCUUCGGGAUGAAUGUUUUCAGGUUGCGCUCCACGGCGACCCGGAAGUAACGGAGCGCGUUACAUCCGGGUUUUGCAUCUUGUGCAUGCGCAGACGCUCAAAAUGACGUCACGCGCAUGCGCGGAAGUGGCGAAAUGCGACCCACGCAUGCGUAGAUUCGUGGUCGCGUCUUAAGUUUACUUCAGGAUGCAAACAGGGCUCCGGAACGGAUCCCAUUCGUAUCCAGAGGUACCACUGUAUACUGCACUGGCAUGUUAUUUUCACCAAUGCAUUUAUUUAAUUUAUUUAUUUAUUUAUUUAUUUAUUUUACUACGCUGCAAAAAUUCAGAGAAGCACACGUUUCGAAAGGAUGGCUGUGUUUCGGUCCGCAUGUUGCAUUGGGAAGUGUGACUUUGCUCGCUCUGACUUUACAUGGAAACUGAAUCCGGAUCUCUCCCCUGCCCCAUCUAUAGCUACAGCCUUCGUUCUCCCUGGCCAUUGGCCAUGAUGACAGCAGAUGGUGGCUGCUGCGGUCUCAAGCUCUAGGAAGUCUGCCCCCAAAGGAUUGCCCCUAUUACCCCAGAGCUGCUGGAAUUCUUCCUGCCUUGAUGUUGUGCUGCCUGCCGUCAGCUUAGCCUAGCCUAGCGAGCAAUAUCCUUUGGCCAGCCUAGAGAGGGGUGGAGAGCGAAGGCGCCUGCACCUUUAAAGAUUAAUAGUAUUGUUUGCUCAUUAAGGAGAUCAUUCAGGGCCAGGCUGAAGCUGGAAGGCUUGAACGCAAGCAUCUGUUUGCUACUGGGAGAGGAUAUUAAUUGCCUUGAUACUUCAGUGGGUAUAAAUACAACCGCCAGCCCCAGAUAGCAUACGAACAAACAAACAAACAAGCAAACAAACAGAUGCCAGCAGGGUACCUCUGAUGGCUGACCUUUGCAGAGAGCCGGGCGGCUGUUUUUAAUAGCAGCCUUCCUGGCAGAAUAGAAAUGCGUGGCGGGAGAUCUCUGGGGAGAUGGAAUUAAUGUUGUUACGUCAGGGUCCUUCAGGGCAGCCAGAUUGGCUAUGGGGCAGGACUUUGAAAGCAGAGACUGGUUGCAGGGUGGAUUUGAUUUAAAUCAUGGUUUAAAUCACAAGUCAGUAAGACUUGAUUUAAAUCUUUCUUUCUUUCUUUCUUUCUUUCUUUCUUUCUUUCUUUCUUUUACAGAAAGACUCAUUCUUGCUGGUAUAAUCUUAAUAUUUACAGCCGUAUGAAGGUUUCAUUUUUGGAAUAAUAAAGUAGUUUUAUUAUCAUAAAUACAUAGGCAGGUGAUUGUGAAAUUACGGUGAGGUUUAAUAAAUUAACUGUUCAUAUUUGGUGAACUUUUCUGCUGUACUUCAUUGGAAAGAGGAAAAUAAUCGUUUCCCUAAUAACCAUUUAAACUAUUUAACUAAAACUAUAACAUUAUAGCAUAUGUAUCCAUGUUUGUUAACUGAUGGGGUUAAAACAUUCUUUUUAAAAAAACAGACUGUGGUUUAGCAAACAUUUGGACUAUAAUGUAACAAAUAGAAGACUAUAUUUAGAAAGAUUUUUCCUCCAAAAGAAUUUUAUUUAAUUUUUUUUUAAAAAAAUCCGAUUUAAAUUUUAAAAAAUGCAAUUUUUUAAUUAAUUAUUUUUUAAAAAAAAAAAAAAUCAUUGAUUUUUAUUCACCCUGGUCAGUUGGCUCUGUGUGAGCGAAUGAGGCUGAAGACUAAGACAUAUAUAUGAAUGUUGGAAGGUUCAGGACAGAUAACAAGAAGUCCUUCUUUACACAGUGCAUAGUUAAACUGUGGAACUCGUUCCAGCAGGAGGCAGUUGCGUGGAGAUUCCCCCCCCCCCCAGUGGAAAUAAAGACACAUGACACAAUUAUUAAGGUUAAUGGGCUAAAUAAGGCCACAACUUUAUUGCUUACAGGUGAUGAGCAGUAUUGGCUUAGGCAUUGGUCCUAACCGACUAUAUCCGGCUUCAGCCUGUCCACUUGAAGUCUGGAAAGGGUUAACCACCAGUAGGGGGAGUCCUGCUGAUGCCCAUCAACUAGGAACUCCCCCGGGGUCACCGCUAGGGGGCGUGCCUUAGGCCCUCACCUCCAUAGGCUUCAGACAGGGCCACGCCCCCCGGAAUCCUUUAUCGGACUACCCUUCAAUAUGCGGGGCAGGUGAUGGCGCUUCCUCCCCUCUUCCAUCUACAAAACAAUACCAGUACCAAUGCCUAAUCGCCAAUACCAAGAAAGUUGUGACGAUUUGCUACGAGGUGGGUGAAAAACAAGUGGAAAAAUUCCUACCAGGCCCCUCAACAGCGACCAACCAAGGUCCAUAGCAAGGUCAAGGAAUGAAAACCUUAAAGGGCAGGAGGGUGGGAAACAGGAACAGCUGGUAGGCGGGAAAAGAGGGAGAUCCGCGCCUUCAUUAAAAAGGGCAGGCCACGCCCCCAGAGCCAGCUGAUUGGCUAGCCAGGAGGUGACGCAGCCGGGGAUUCCCCCAGUUGUGCAGGGGCUGAGAUCAGGAUGCGUGAACAGAUGCGCCACUAGCCUGAUCCGUGAGGCUCUCCUUAUGGCUACUAGCCAUUCUUUUCAACAGUCAUUUUGUUUGUUACAAAAUGCAGAAUACUGCAGUCUGCCUCUCGCUCUGCAUUGCCGUGUGAGAAACCAGAAGCCUCGUUUUUAUUUAUUCUUUCAUUUCGUCAAAUCUGCCUGAUCAUAAGAAACCAAACCCAUCCGGGCAAAAAAAAGAUAAAACAAUAAGAAAAAAAAAUAGCAAUCGUUUAAGACUUUUGAAAAGUUCAUGUAACAAUACACUAAAAACAUUCAAGCUCAACAUCAGCUUUCUAAACACCUGGAUGGGGUUAUUUAAAUGAAGUUUAUAGUAUAUACAGUAAUACAAUCAAUUACUAUAAUUUUAUACUUGUAAAACCAAAUAAAAAUUGUGUCAAAAUGAAUGAAUGAGGUCUUUAGCAGGUGUUUUAGUCUAUUAUAUUGUUGUUUUCUGUACGCUUUAAAUUAUGGUUGCCGUUCCUUUAGUGAUCAUUUUAUUGGGUUUUUUGUAAACUGCUUUGAGGUCCCCCUCCCCUACACUCAAGCGGUAUAUAAAUUUUAUGAAAUAAAUCAUUAAAUUUCCUAUCUUGGACUCCCCGGCUGCAAAUGUCCAUCAUUUUUUGUGGAGGGGGGAAGGACUUUAGGGGUGAGAAUAGGAAGGCUUAAUUCCUGCAACAGUUUCCCUCACUUUAUAAGCAUUUGUUGUCCUCCUUAGAGCUAGAAAAAGACCCAAGUUCAAAUCUCUACGCAGCCACGAAGCUCAGUGGAUGAGUUGGGUCACUCGCCAUCUCUUCAGCCUAGCCUACCUCACAAGGUUGUUGUGCAGGUUAAGAUUGGAGUGGGGGGCAGAUCUGCGUUUGCCACCCUGAUCUCCUCGGAGGAAGGACAGGAAGAGAACAUAAUAAAAUAAUGGGGUGGAUUUUAGAACAAAUGCAUAGAACCUUUAGCUCCCAGAGGGCAAAAUAACCAACACAUGAGUGUGACUUUGGAUGCAAGUUUUGCCCUUUAUAUGGUUGUAAAGAGUGCGGAGAGAAUAACUGGGUGCACUCUUCCCACCUUGGAUCAAAUCUAUGCUUCCAGGUGUCAUAAGAAAGCUGCAGAGAUAGUGCAGGAUAGUGCGCACCCUGGAAAUGAUCUCUUUCAGCUUCUGCCUUCUGGAAGAAGGUCCAGGGUUAUAAAAACUAGGACUAGCUGCCUGAGAAACAGCUUUUAUCCAAAUGCGAUUUUGGCUUUAAACGCAGUGUAAGGUAGUCUUUAUGUGAGUAUAUUGUAUUCAGUUAUGGGGUAUCAGAGUUUUUAGGGGCUAACCAGGCUAGGAUAGUUGGGAUAGCAGGCUUGUGGGUUUUUGAAUGUCUGAUGUAGAUUUUUUCAAUUUCGUUGUUCUGUAUGGGACAAUGACAAUAAAGAUUAUCGUAUCGUAUCGUUCCUUUGCCUUAUGUCUCCCUUUUUUGGUUUUCGCAGAUCCGUGUCGAUGGACCCAUCAGAGGUGCCCUUGAGUAUGAGAUUGUCCAGGUGGUGGAUACAGGCCCAAUCUUGCGGGACAUGGCUUUUUCUGUGGAUCACAAGCAUCUGUACCUCAUGUCUGAUAAGCAGGUGAGUGGCAAGCCUAUUGUGCGCUGCCAUCCUUUAACCCCAGGAAUAAUUGUGUCCUCAUUUUUCUUCUCCAAUCAGAGAGUCUUGUGGACAGGCACAGCCUCUGCUGUUUAGCAAACUCUGGAUCAUGUUUCACAGUGGGACUUCAUUUUGUUUCGCUCUGACCUUAAAGAGGCAAUAAGGAACUGGCAUUGCUACUGAGGCCACAUAAUACCCGUUCCACUUCUGUACGAAAUCGGCCUUUGGAACUCCCUGCCUAUUGAUAUCAGGUAGGCACCUUCACUUCUUGGUGCCUGCCAAACCAUUUUUAUUUAGGCAGGCCUACCCAGAUACUUAUGGGACGCGGGUGGUGCUGUGGGUUAAACCACAGAGCCUAGGACUUGCCGAUCAGAAGGUCGGCGGUUCAAAUCCCCGUGACGGGGUGAGCUCCCAUUGCUCAGUCCCUGCUCCUGCCAACCUAGCAGUUCAAAAGCACACCAGUGCAAGUAGAUAAAUAGGUACCACUCCAGCGGGAAGGUAAACGGCAUUUCCAUGUGCUGCUCUGGUUUGCCAGAAGCGGCUUAGUCAUGCUGGCCACAUGAACCGGAAGCUGCACACCAGCUCCCUCGGCCAAUAAAGCGAGAUGAGCACCACAACCCCAGAGUUGGCCGCGACUGGACCUAACGGUCAGGGGUCCCUUUACUUUUACUUACCCAGAUACUUAGAAUGCUGAUGUGCCUUUAGUUUAUUCCUCAUUUUAGGUUUUUUUAAAAAAGUGUUUUAAUUGUUUUUACUCACAAUUUUAUUAUUUUCACAAACAACUUUGGGGUCCCCCCCCCCAUUCAAGUGGUAUAUAAAUGUCAUUAAAUGAAUGAAUGGCAGAUGUGGAGGUGUUCAGCAGGUACCAAGAAGAGUACAGUGAAACUGCCUCCAUUGUGUCAAUAGGCAGGGAGUUCCGAAGUUCAGGUGCUGCCACACACAAAGACUGAUUUCUUGCAAAUGCAGAACACGUAUUAUGUGGUGCCUUGAACAGUGCCAGUUCUGUGGAUCAUAGUGGUCUUCAGUUUAACUCUUUACACACCAGUGACAAUUUAAAGAAAUAAAAGCUUUGUGGAAACUCAUCAGCAUUUUAGUGGAUAAAUAAAAUAACAGCUUCAACUUCAAUUUAUGUUUACUUCUUCUUGCUAUUUUGUGUUGGUACUAAAGCUUAUGGUGGAAAGUGCUGUGAUUUGCCAUCUUGUCGCAACUAUCCAACUUUCAUUUUCAACUUUUUGGGGCGAAGGAAGCCCAGCCUGAAAUGUGGUGUCCAUCUGAGCAGCCUGCUCUUAUGUGUGUUUACUUGGUAGUGCUCCCACUCUGUUUCAUGGGACUUACUCCUAGGUAGGAGCAGGUGGGGCUCAUCAACCUGGGAAGGAAGGAAAACUCUGAUCCUAAACCUCCUCUGGCUUGGGGCUAUAAUCAUUCAUGAGAAAGCAUUUGGGAGUAAACUCAAAAUGAAAACCCGUACCGGCUGCCCUGCGGAACAUAUUUGGGAGAAGAAAAAGCUAAGGAUUAAACCCUAUGUAAACCCAGAGAAGAGUCCCUAAGACAGUUGGAGGGUGCCUUUGUACACCUCCUUCAGACAAUUCCUGGAGCCAAGCUGGUGCCAAACGCCUUGCUCUGCUUUCCUUUGGACCACACCAGCGAGGCCGAGAGUGCUGUCUUGUCAUCUGGGCAGCCUAGGACCUCCAUAUACACUGCUCAGGCCUGCAACCCUGGGCAGGUCAUUCCAGUGUUGCUAACGUAGUAAAAGCAACAUGGGAGGUGGCAGUUAUGAGUUACUGACCUCUGCAGCCACAGCAGGCACUGUGAUUCUGCAAUGGUUUGACUUCACCUCUAGAGGUGCACUCCAUUGUCUCUAGAGAUAGAGGAAUGCCAGCAACUCGCAGGUUGGGUACACAGAAUUGCAGCAAACAUUUUGCGCCAUAUACGUUCAUCCUCUCCCUGUGGUGUGUUUUCUCUUCCUCUCCCUUUCAUCAAACUUUCCUUCUCUCUCUUUCUCUCUCUUGUUUUCUUUUAAAUAGUCCAGAACAAAUGAAAUGGAAUGGAUGGAAUUACUGCUGUCAAUGGCAUGUUGCAAAUGAGAGUCAGUGACACGAUCCCAAGUUGAAGACCAAAGUUCUAGAGCCGUGGUUCUGAAACUGGGUGGCGCCACACCCUGCGGGUGGUGAUAUUACAUUGGGUGGGGGUGCUAAGAGGCACUGAGGUAGCAGGGGCCGCUGGAGACGUAAAUGACAUUCAGACUUUGCAAACCUGGUAUUCUUUGUAAAUCUGGUUCAUCAGUUCUGUGGAAUGAAUCAAAUAGUUUUAAUUGGGUUUUGAACAAAUGUGCAAUUAACUGCUACUGCUUUGAAUUUUACUGUGGUGUUGUCUUCCUUAGUGCGCCAUGCAAACCAUUGUUCUGAGUAAUAGGGUAAGAGGACACUAGGGAUGAGUUCAGUGCUGGAUUUACGUACAAGCUAAACAAGCUAUAGCUUAGGGCACCAUUCUCUUGGGGCCCCCCCAAAAUUUAAAAGUAUUUCACUGUUAAUAUACUUCUUCUUAAUUGUAUUUCAGUUCAACAAUUAUUUUGAUAAAAUACAUAUUUUGUUAUGUGCAAAUGGUUUUAGAUAGCUAUUAGGUCCAUAAAUUACCAUAUAGCAUAUAUUCAACACAAAAAAAAACAGCGACAAUUUGUUGUUGACAAAGGACAACUGGACAUAUAAAGGGCCCCAAUUACCUUCAGUAGCUUAGGGCCUCAUCAAACCUAAAUCUGGCCCUGGAUGAGUUUUUGGAACCAAUGGGGAAGUGGUCUGAAAAGGUUUGGGAACCACUGGGCAAGAAGAUUUGUGUUUGUCCCGUGGGUACCUACCAUGUGCUUUCGAGGGUGCCUGCUAUUACCUCGUCCUUCUCUACCGCCAUGAAUAUUCAUAUACCAAAUAUGAGCUGUAUAGGAAAGAGAGGUGCCGUUUUAUCCAUUCAUCUUCAUUAACUACUAAGCCAUAAGCUAUAACUCAUGGGCUGUGAGGGCAGCGGCGACAAAGGACAGAUUGCUGCUUCUUCUUCUACCUUUCUCUCUCUCUUCUUUGGCCCGCAUUUUGCAUAAAUGACAAUCUUAUCACUGCUACUUUCUGCUUCCCAUCACUCGCUAUCAAUCCUCCUUUUCUUAUCUGAGCUUUAGAUGGGGGUCUUGAGGAUAAAUCGAUGAGAUUCCGGCACAACCAUUUGUUAAAACCCAGGUUUUCACCAACUGCAGUAUAAAGUUUGUCAGAUUUUUUUGGAGAAAUCUGGGUGCAUGAAUGUUGUUCUUGUUUAGUCGUGUCCGACUCUUCGUGACCCCAUGGACCAGAGCACACCAGGCACUCCUGUCUUCCACUGCCUCCUGCAGUUUGGUCAAACUCAUGUUGGUGGCUUUGAGAACACUGUCCAACCAUCUCGUCUUCUGUCAUCCCCUUCUCAUGGAACCCAAGAAAGUAAAAUCUCUCACUGCCUCCAUUUCUUCCCCUUCUGUUUGCCAGGAGGUGAUGGGACCAGUGGCCAUGAUCUUAGGGGUUUUUUUUAUGUUGAGCCUCAGACCAUUUUAGUUCACUGAUGCCCAGGAUGUCAAUAUUUAUUCUUGCCAUCUCAUUUUUGACCACAUCCAUCUUACCAAGGUUUGUGGUUCUUACAUUCCAGGUUCCUAUGUAAUAUUUUUCUUUACAGCAUUGGACUUUCCUUUCGCUUCCAGGCACAUCCGUAACUGAGCGAGCUUUCGGUUUCGUCCCGGCCGCUUCAUCAGCUCUGAAUCUACUUGUACUUGUCCUCCGCUCUUCCUCAGUAGCAUGUUGGACGCCUUCCGACCUGAGGGGCUCAUCUUCCAGCGUCAUAACUUUUAUAUGCCUGUUGUUUUUGUCCAUGGAGUUUUCUUGGCAGGGAUACUGGAGUGGCCUGCCAGUUCCUGCUCCAGGUGGAUCACGUUUAGUCAAAACUCUCCAGUAUGACCUGUCCAUCUUGGGUGGCCCUGCACAGCAUAGCUCAUAGCUUCUCUGAGUUAUUCAAGCCCCUUCUCCACGGCAAGGCAGUGAUCCAUGAAGGAUGUGCAUGUAUGAGGAGAUCUAAAUCUGCCUUCCUUCUUGGGGAAAGGCCAUAGCUCUGUGGUAGAGCGUCUGCCUGCAUGCAGAAGGUCUCAGGUUCAGCCCACCAGCACCUCCAAGUAGGGCUGGGAGAGACUGCCAGUCAGUGUAGACAAUACAGACUUUGAUGGACCAAUGGCCUGAGUGUGUCCACAGGUCUUCUCUGUAGGGCAAAGGAAAAGUGCACUAUUCAAGGGGAUUGCUCAGUCAUAUAAGGAUCCGUAGAUAGGGAUCCUAGGAAUUUUGGCCAUUUCACAUCAGGGAAAGAUUUGCUGAAGUCAUGCAUCACCGGAAAUGGUGUUUUGUGUUGGGCUUGGACCAAUCAACCCUUCCUAUGUAUGUAGCUUUAUUAAGUGCUUGUCUACACUCCAGCUUGUUCCAUGCUGCCUAGGUUUUUCAUUUGCCCUCCAACUUUCCCCAGGAAAACCAGCUGUUCGCCGCUGAAUCAGAUCAAACGUCAAUCCUUAGAAAACCCGGUUGAUAUUUGUUCCAAUUCAGCGGUAAACAGCGAGUUUUCCCAGUGGAAGUGUGGACAAGUCCUACUUGCGUUACGUAUUUGCAACCCCGAAACUCUGACUGAGCUGGUGAGCCUUUGGAAAUAGACGCUCUUGAUCAUCGCAAAGCGUAUUAUGCCAGACACUCAUAAUUCAUCCUGUGGUUAGCCUAUUUCCCAGACCCAAGAAGAAGAAGAGAAGAGUUUGGAUUUGAUACCCCGCUUUAUCAAUACCCGAAGGAAUCUCAAAGCGGCUAACAUUCUCCUUUCCCUUUCUCCCCCACAACAAACACUCUGUGAGGUGAGUGGGGCUGAGAGACUUCAGAGAAGUGUGACUGGCCCAAGGUCACCCAGCAGCUGCAUGUGGAGGAGCGGAGACGCGAACCCGGUUCCCCAGAUUACGAGACUACCGCUCUUAACCACUACACCACACUGGCUCUCCCUCAGUAUAUGUAACAAAUAUAUAUUGGACUGGGCGUUUGGAAUGCCAAGAUAUCAGUUUAAAGGGGUGUGUAGUCGUGUGGGUUCUUUGGUUAUUCUAAUUUAGGCUCUACAGCCUUUCCUUUUUAAAAAAAAUAUUAGAAUUACAUAUGCUACGCAAUUGUUACUCCUGGGGCGUCUUCAAGUUAUGAUGAGCAGCUUGGAUGCGGUUAGGAAAAGUCUCUUUGCCUAAACAUGCCUGCAGGUUUAGGAGCAACGAGAUUGAGAGAUGAGAUGAGAUGUGGUUUGGCGAGUUGGUCAGAGGCAUGGCAAGAUCAGCGUGUGCUUGGAGGCUAUUAAUAAGGGGGAAAGCGUCCUUUGGAAGCUGUCACAAUUUCUCCUCCACCUUCUCCUCCACGAAUUUUGACGUUAAAUAUUCUCUGCACACUCAAAUAUUUGCUUUAUAUUUCCAAGUGUUAAAAUAUAUCGGUUCAACAUUCGGGGAUAUUUCAUUCCAGCAUUUGAUGUUUGACAGCAUUUAGUAGUUAACCAUGUGUUGGCCUUUAGAAUUUUAUUGCAUGAAGCAGCUGAAACAACCGAUAUUCAGUGCUAUUUAAAACCUGACUGUCUUUGAUGAUUACGGUGCGAUGCUGUUCCUGCAGUUUCUGCUUUAUUUAUUUAUUUGUCCACCAGCAGCAUUUGUAUAUUGACUAUUCAAAUUUGUAUAUUCCUGUAUUGCAGGGGGUUGGCUGGGGAGACCCACCCUGAUGGGGAGGGCAAAAGUAAAUUUUAUUAUUAUUAUUAUUAUUAUUAUUAUUAUUACUCUCAAGGUCCUUUCAGACUCUAUGAUUCUAUGACGAAUAACUAACAUUUUCUGAGUGGUGAGUGGUACAAUUUUUAUUUUUAUUUUUUUUUAAAACCCUAUAUAUAUAUUUUUUUAAAGCAAGCAGAAAACAAGCAAGCACAGUAAAAUUGAACCUACAUGCAGCAAACCAUAAAGACAGCAUGAAAGAUCUGAAGAAUUUUAAAUGCCUGUGAAAAUUAAACAGGUACAAUAAGGGCCGUAAUUUAGAUGGCAGGCAAGUCUCUUUAGGGAGGGCAUUUUAGGAACCGGGGAACGACCAUUGAAAAGGCUCUCUCUCUCUUGAGCAGCCAGGCAUCUCACUUCCUUUGGUGGAGACACCCAGAGAAGAUGACCUUUGGAUCAGAGGAGGUGCUUAUGGCACUAGCGGCUUUUCCAGGUUGUGUGAGAAAGUUGCUCCCUCGCAUCUUCAGCAGCCAGUAACGGGGAUUUUUCUAUUUUUUUUAAGGCACCUGUGACUACUGUGUACCUAGAAUCCUCCGCUCCUUGUAUGUAGCGUUUUGCCUAGUUUUGAUAUUUGACAUGCAAUUAAAUAUAGUAUCCAUCAGCUCCUGAAAUCUCCCGUGAGAGAUUGUCAAGAUAGUCAGAAGAUGCCAGUAGCUCUAACGCACUCCGAUUUUGCAUUCUGAGAUUUUUUUUAAAAAAAUCAUUUCACCGGAAAUUCAAAUAGUCACACUGAUGUCACAAUAAAUAGAUACAUAGAUAGAUAAAUAAAUAAGUAAGUAAAUAGAAUAUGAAACUGGAAAUAUUGGUGCGUCUCAAAUCUGUGAAUAUGUCUUUGAUUCCCAUCUCAAGUCAACUGUGGUGCAGACUCUCAAUUAUAUUUGCACAGAGCACACUGAAUUCUCUCUAUUUAAGUGGGACAGCUCUGUUUAUUUCUGCUGUAUAUGUUGGUUGCAUUACUACUCCCGUUUUGAUCUGGGAGCUAUUUUGGGGAGCGCUUUCAAAAAUGGUUAAUGUACAGAUUAAGAAUGGAACAGCGUCCCUUCCUCAAGUUUCUCCAGCCUUUUCCCAAACAUCUAUGGAUCUCUAAAGAAGGCAGAAUCUUAGUCUGGGGUGCUGAGGUCCCCUCAGUUCUGUCAAAUAAUUGUUCUGUGGUUCUGACAGCUGUCCAGGUCUGCUUGGAUUGUGUAUUCCGAGAGCAAUUCUGGAGUUUUGAAUGCUGGAAUGGAUUCUGUGAAUUUGAACAAAAUGGGUGGGCAAAUAAUUGGAGGAUAAAGAAACACACAAAACAAAACACAAAAGAGUAAACACUCACAGUGUUUAAAAACUGUAUGGACUCCAUGAUCACUGCAGAUGGUGACAGCAGUCAUGAAAUUAAAAGACGCCUGCUUCUUAGGAGAAAAGCUAUGACAAACCUAGACAGCAUCUUAAAAGCAGAGACAUCACCUUGCCGACAACGGUCCGUAUACUUCAAGCUAUGAUUUUCCCAGUAGUGAUGUAUGGAAGUGAGAGCUGGACCAUAAAGAAGGCUGAUCGCCAAAGAAGUGAUGCUUUUGAAUUCUGGUGCUGGAGGAGACUCUUGAGAGUCCCAUGGACUGCAAGAAGAUCCAACCUCUCCAUUCUGAAGGAAAUCAGCCCUGAGUGCUCACUGGAAGGACAGAUCCUGAAGCUGAGGCUCCAAGACUUUGGCCACCUCAUGAGAAGAGAAGACUCCCUGGAAAAGACCCUGAUGUUGGGGAAGAUGGAGGGCACAAGGAGAAGGGGACGACAGAGGACGAGAUGGUUGGACAGUGUUCUCGAAGCUACCAGCAUGAGUUUGACCAAACUGCGGGAGGCAGUGGAAGACAGGAGGGCCUGGCGUGCUCUGGUCCAUGGGGUCACGAAGAGCCGGACACGACUAAAUGACUAAACACCAACAUAUUUAUUUCAAAGGAUAUUUCUGUGGCUGCGCUAUUUGAUUGUUCUAUUUUCUCCCUCCCUUCCCACUUUCCGCAUCACAUGAAAUCCGAUUGUUUCAGAACCAAGCAGAUUGGCCAUCUUAUUUCCAUGCUGGGAGAGGUCGCUGCAGCAAGGACAGUUAAAGAACCCACCCCUCCCCCUUUUUUCAUUGUUGAGGAAAUUAGUAACAAAUCUGGAAAAUCUUCAUCCCUCCCUCCCGGAUCUGGCAGGGGUUGGGGGUGGGGAAGGAGAGGGAGCCCCGCAGAAAGGAAAUUUAAGAAGCUGAUGAUUACAUAUGAAUCCUGGAAGCUCUGUAAUCCCAGACUUGGUUAAACAGCUGUCUCCUCUAAUUCCACUGACAGCCAGACCCCCUUCUCCUGGAGACCUCCCAUUUUCCAGGUCAUUUCCAAGCACUGGUUUGUUAACCGAUUUCCCCCCUCUAGAUUUGCUAUUACUCUGUCCAAUUCUGGCAGCAACCAAUACCAACAAUCAGCUGGGGAAGUGCAAAUCUAAUCUAAGCAGCUCACGGAGGGGAGCAGUGAGGUCUGGGGUCUUUUCCCAUCUAAGGCUCUGCAUGGCUUCAGAAGAGCCCUGGUACGUGCUGAAAAUGCAUUUUUUUUGAGCCAAUGCUCGAGGGAAAUGAAAUGGAGCAAAGGAAAAGCAGGCAUGUACCAUAAAGGCAACCCCUUCCCUGAAUGUAAAAAAUAAAAAUAAAAAUGCAAGAGGAAGUAUCGAGGGAUAGCAGCCAGAUUUCCUGGAAGACAAGGGAUCUGUCGUGCUUUUGUAAUUCUUCAGAAAGUUUGCUGGUGCUAUCCGCAUCCUUUCUUUUAAUGGGAAAUGCAACUUUCUUCACUUCUAUAGCGUAGCAUGACAAGAUGGAGGAAUUGUGUUAGCUGCCUUGGGCAUGUCAAUGGAGAAGAGAUUACAGCUUAUGUUCAAGUAAAUUCUACUCAUAAUAGAACUUGGUCAGACCACAUGUGGAAUACUGUGUCCAGUUCUGGGCACCACAAUUUAAGAAGGAUACGAUAAUCUUUAUUGUCAUUGUCCCAUACAGAACAACGAAAUUGAAAAAUCUCCAUAAGAUGUUCAAAAACCAACAAGCCUGCUAUCCCAGCUAUCCCAACCUGGUUAGCCCCUUAUAACUCUGAUACCCCAUUUUUAAAUACAAUAUACUCCCAUAGAGACUCCUUACACUGCGUUUAAAACCAAAAUCCCAUUUGGAUAAAAACUGUUUCUCAGGUGGCUAGUCCUAGUCUUUAUAACCCUGUACCUUCUUCCAGAAGGCAGAAGCUGAAAGAGAUCAUUUCCAGGGUGCGCACUAUCCUGUACUUUCUCUGCAGCUUUCUUAUGGCACCUGGAAGCAUAGAUUUGAUCCAAGUUGGGAAGAGUGGACCCAAUUAUUCUCUCUGCAGUCUUAAUAGCAAGCUGAAACGUGUGCAGAGGAGAGCGACCAAGAUGAUCAAGGGUUUAGAAACUAAGCCUUAUGAGGUGCUGUUGAAGGAGCUGGGUAUGUUUAGCCUGGAAAAGAGGAGACUGAGAGGAGAUAUGAGAGCCACCUUCAAGUAUCUAAAGGGCUCUCACAUGGAGGAUGGAGCAAGCUUGUUUUCUCUUGCUCCGGAAGGUAGGACUCGAACGCAUGGUUUCAAGUUACAAGAAAGGAGAUUCCAGUUAAACAUCAGGAAGAACUUUCCAACGGUAAAAGCUGUUGGACAGUGGAAUCGACUCCCUCAGGAAGUGAUGGACUCUCCUUCCUUGGAGAUUUUAAUACAGAGGUUGGGUGGCCAUCUGUCAUGGAUGAUUUUGUUGACAUUCUUUCAUUGCAGGGUGGACUAGAGACUAGAGACAAUUCUAUGAUUCUAUUAUUCUAUAGUAGACCCACUGAAAUCAAUGCCCAUUAAUGUCAACAGUUCUGCUCUGAAUAGAAUAGAAUUUAUUAUUUAUACCCCACCCAUCUGGCUGGGUUUCCCCAGCCACUCUGGGCAGCUUCCAACAGAGUAUUAAAAUACAGUGGUCCAUUAAACAUUAAAAGCUUCCCUAAACAGGGCUGCCUUCAGAUGUCUUCUAAAAGUCUGGUAGUUGUUGCUCUCUUUGAAAUCUGGUGGGAGGGUGUUCCACAGGGCGGGUGCCGCUACUGAGAUGGCCCUCUGCCUGGUUCCCUGUAACUUGGCUUCUUGCAAUGAGGGAACCGCCAGAAGGCCCUCGGAGCUGGACCUCAGUGUCCGGGCAGAACACUGCAUAGGGCUAACAUUGUAUUUGACCAUAUCUAGCUAGCACAUGUCCAACUGGGUGCUGUUGAGAAAGUCAGUAAAGAUGGACCUUGUCUGAUCCAGUGAGGACAUUCAUAAAACACACUUGAGCAUUCAAGCAUUCAAUAAUAACCAUGCGAGGUAGGAGAGUGGGGUCAUAUUUGCCCAUCAUGCACUUACCCCCACAUCCCACAUAGGCCUUUCCCCAUCACUUCCUGCACAUUUGAGAAGAUGGCAACAGUGCUCAAGUUUCCAGCCUGUGCGUAUUGACAGACUUCCCUGCUGCAGCUGAGCCUGCAAGUGCACAGACAGUGUUGGCAGGUGGCAAUCAUGGAAACAGGGCAAGUUGAGAGUGGACCCAUGCUCUAGUGGUUGUGUAUUUUGAAUCCUCAGAUUUGUUUUUGUUUAGUCGUUUAGUCAUGUCCGACUCUUCGUGACCCCAUGGACCAGAGCACGCCAGGCACUCCUGUCUUCCACUGCCUACCGCAGUUUGGUCAAACUCAUGCUGGUAGCUUCAAGAACACUGUCCAACCCUCUCAUCCUCUGUCGUCCCCUUCUCCUUGUGCCCUCCAUCUUUCCCAGCAUCAGGGUCUUUUCCAGGGAGUCUUCUCUUCUCAGGAGGUGGCCAAAGUCUUGGAGCCUCAGCUUCAGGAUCUGUCCUUCCAGUGAGCACUCAGGGCUGAUUUCCUUGAAUCCUCAGAUAGGGCUUUAUUAAUCUGUCUUCCCCCUCCCCCAAACAAAAUGGUUUCCUUUGAUCAGAGGCACAAUUUUGAUCAAAGAAAAAGAAAUGAGUCUGGGGUCAAGAAAGGAGUCCAGGGAUUAAUUCAGAGCUUUAUGGCUUCUGCGGAGAUGGGACCUCGAUUGCAUCUGUUUCUAAAGGUUCUGUCGUAGAAUAUUCCAAAGAAGGUACAACAGCCAUUUCCUUUGUCCUCUUCCUUACCACCACCACCAAACAUAUACAUGGCACUCUUUUCUUUUCUUAAAGGGGAUUUUUUUUUUUUUUUUGCUUCAGGCCAUUAACUUCUAGGCUGGUCAUUAUGAACUGCUUGGCAGUGACUGAUUGCGCGGGGCUUUCUCGCUUAGGAAAAUGUGGAACUGAUUGCUUGCCUGACCCCAUUUGACCCCUGGAAUUUGGAGUUCAACCUGGGCUUUAGGAAUAAUAAACUCAUAUAAUUAGCAGAGAAAACCGCUUGUGAUGGAGGGGGAGGUGGUGUAAUUGAUUGGAAACAGCAGUCCGUCAUACUCGAUCUGCCUCAACACCAGCCAAGGGAUUCCAGUUUGCUGGCGAAUAAUAUGAUGUCCCGUCCCGUCCCCCAUUCGCCCCACCUAAAAACACUAGCACUGCCUCUGAAAUUUCACUCAGUGCAAAAUCCAGUACAAAUGUGAAGGUUGCUUCUAAGGUGAAACCUCUGAGGAAUUUUGUUGAAAGGCAGAAGUUUUAAUCAGAUUCGCAGAAUUUAUCAUCUAGGUAUUUUCUGCAUUCUCAUUUUGGGUCGUUUCUUCCUCUUCAAAGUAAGAUGCUCAGUUCUUCGUGCACAUACCAUUUCCUCCUCCUGUGUGGACCUUCCACACAGUGCCGUGCUACAAUUCUACUGCAUGGCAGAUAAUGAGUUUAUGUGCUUGAGUUUAUUUUCCAUUGUUUCCUAGAAGCUCAUUAGUUAAAUACAUGGGAGUGUAUGUGACAUCUUUCCUCUUUAACCACUGUGUAUGCUUCCUUCCAAAGGUUGUACACCACUCCUAAAAUGUGUUUUGGUUUUUAGAAAGUUGGCUCAAAAAAGUAUGUAUCCUAAGACUCUAAGCAGCUGCCUUUGAGAGAUGUUCCUCAGAUGUGAUCUGCACAACCCAGGAAUUGAGCCCCAGGGUCAUCGUGAGGUUGAAAGCUCGCCUUAGCCUAACAGCUAAGAGACUGAUCUAGAAAUAUUUUGCCCAUUGUGACACCCACCAGCCAUUGGCUGAGAUGCAAUGACAUCACAGAAUGUUCAUGAAAUUGUUGAAAGCAAAGGAGAAGUCAUGGCAUGAAGGCAAAGUUUAGCAUCUUUUAGGGGGGGAAGAAAAAGAAAAACUCACUUCAGGGUUCAGGACAAGAAGGAGCUGUGUAUUGUUGAUGGGACAUGAAUAAAAAAGAGAGAGGGGGAAGAAAGCAACACGGACUGGUUUUCAUGUAAUUAUUUGAAACAAAAGCUGGAAGUCCCUAGUAUUUUAAAACAGAUUGCACAGAGUCUCUGCUUACAUAAGACCUCAUAUCCUUUUAUCUGAGUCCUGUAGUCAUAAUGCAUCCAUUGGCUGCUGUAAAUGGAUUGGGCUGCAGAUAUAUAGUCAUCAUCCUUCAGUCCACCCAGCCGAGUGUCCAGGGGGACAAGGGGCUGUCUGGAUGUUCGGCGGCAGCCUCAGCUGCUGUUCAACCGCACACAUUUCCAUUACCCUAAUGUGUCCGAAAAUGGGCCUGGAAACUGACGAGGUGCUAUUUGGAUAAUGGAGUGAUUGAGAUAAUAGAAUUAGAAUUGUAUUUGGAGGGUGGAUGGGAGAUGUCAUGUCCCGUCAUUCCGGGGCUUCUCUUGAUGGCUUAUUUCCCCACAUCCGCACAGGUCAAGGCAGGUCACUGAAGCAGAGCAGUGAGGGAGUGCCAUAAUUGCUGUGUGAUCCCACACAUGGACAGGUUGGGAAACGGGAAGCUCACUCAUUACUUGUUUAUGACCAUGCUCAAAUACAGGAGAGUGGGCAAGUGAUGCCACUGAGAUUCCUAUAUCUGGCCACAGGAAUAUACUCUUGUAUAUUUGGCUGAUGACCUUAGUCCCUUCCACUUCUUAUGGGCCUGUAUCCAGUGAGGAUUAGAAUCCGACAAGAGGAGUUUUCUGAACCAGCCAGCCAGCUUUCUUUGCAAGGCAAUGGCCUUAGCCGGCUGCUUAAGUGUCCUCUUCAACAUCCCAAAAGAAUGAGCCAGGUUUCAAAAGCCACAACUAAGAGCCCCCCCCCCCCCAGCUGCUGGAGUAGUGUGUGAGAGCUGAUCUGGAAGCAGGCUGGAGAGACAGCCCCACAUAAAUUACAUUGCAGAAGUCAAGUCUGGAUGUGACUAGGACGCGGGUUGCCAAGGCAAUGUUGCGCCUCUCUAGUCCUCUAUUUAGGGAUAAGCCUCAUUAGGCUUGAGAGUUAUUUCUGAUAUGACAGCACUGCAAGAGAGUCAAUUCUGAAGUGAGCAAGUGCAAAGUUUUACCAUCAAUGAAGUGGUGAUGGGGAGAGACACAGGUGAACGACAGGUGCGCUGUGCUCUGCCCAAGAUCCAAAAAUGAAACCAGGGCAGCGAAGAAUGCCUAGUACUUUAGUUCUCCUGCAGAAACAAGGCUGGGUACUUCAGAACUCCAAAAUCUAAACAGAUUUAUUGAGGAAGAAUCUAUCAAGGGAAAUAAGUCAUAAUGACUAUGUUGUCCCUUAUCAAAGGCAGCAAGCCUCUGAGUAACAGUUUCUGAGCAUCACAAGUGGGGAGAGCACUGUUGCACUCAAAUCCAGUUUGUGAGUUUUUCCAUAGGCAUCUGACUGGCCUAUGAGAACGGGAUGCUGGACUAGAAAGACCUUUGUCUCGAUCCAGCAGAACUCUUCCCAAUGUUCAUGAGAUCAUAGGGGAUUGCAAGGAAGAACUGGUUUUCAAAGCUGGGUUGAGAAAUAAGUUGUUUUCCAGCUUUGGGUGAAAUAGCUCACAACCCAAUCCUGGGAGAGCUCACCAGAGCGGGUGUUUCAGGCCUGUAUUUUUCCACAAUACCUAGUUGAUAUGGUUUAAUAAACACAAUUGUUCUUCAUAAAAGUGUCCACCUUAACUCUUCUAAGCUAGUGGUGGCGAGCUGUUUAGUACCGGCCCCAUGUGCCAAUGCAAUCUCUGGGAUCAUAUUGUUUGUGCCAAUGAAUGCCAGUUGAUGGAGAAACAGGGUGGACUCAUGUCUUCAAGUCCUUCUUGUUGGCUUGGGGUGCAUGUGGUGUGGAGCUUGGUGCCGUAUUAGAUAGACCUUUCAGGCUGGUCCCACAGGUUCUUGGGGGAAUGAGACGAGAACACUACUUAGAACCUUUGCUCUUUCCACUUGCAAAAUGCACAGCUACUCCAAAUUCUCUUUGGAAUACCUGAGUUCAGCCAAUGUUACAUACGAGAAGUGCUUGCACCCUUUUUCAUUAGGCUUUUUCAGCUUCCAAUUAUAUGAAGAACUCAUGAUGUUUAUAGCACAAAAAGCACCUCCAUUCUGAUUUUGCUGAAAACCAGUAUAGUCAUACCUUGGGUUACAGAUGCUUCAGGUUGCGUUUUUUGGGUUGCGGACCGCCGAAACCUGGAAGUACCAGAACAGGUUACUUCCGGGUUCCGGCAGUUGCGCAUGUGCAGAAGCGCUAAAUUGCGCUUUGUGCAUGCGCAGAAGCGCCGAAUCGCAACCCGCGCAUGCGCAGAUGUGCCGCUGCGGGUUGCAGACGCUGCAGGUUGCGAACAUGCAUCCUGCACGGAUCACAUUUGCAACCCGAGCAUCCACUGUAAUCAAUAUUAGCUCUUCGAUAAAGGUUUAUACUUCCCUUUAUAUGCCUUGUGUGUCUUGCCUAAGAAGAACCCUCUGGUAGCCACCGCAUUUCAUGCUUUACCUGCUGCCACAAGGCUUGCUCCUCUUACUUUUGCCCUUCAGAGCUAUGUUUCCUUUUCCUGGAUACAUAUUUCCAGUCUUGAGACUGUACCAUGGCAUGAUGCAUAUUGCACCCUGUUGAAUUUAUGUUCUCCUGGGGUGUUGGUUUGGGCUCAAAGACUGUCACUUCCUCUUGGUGAGAAGGCUGCUGCAUAGCAUGGCUUCUGGUAUCUCCCAGACCUUUGAUGGCAUUACAAAGUGGUGGAGCACAGCUUUCUGCUGUCAAUCCAGUUGACAGGGAGGGGUUGUGUGUGGCAAGAGGAGUUAGGAGGGGGUGUUCAGAAGAAAACAGUGAAAGUCACCUUGACUCAGAGGAUGCUUGAAAAUUUAAUGCUUGCUCUCUACCAAAUAUUGACUCUUCUGGGCAUCUGAGCAAGCCCUUUGUAGAAGAUGUCGAUAUGUGCCUGACGUCUGAGCAGAUAAAGUAGCUUCUUCUCCUGCCCUCCAAAGUGAAUAUCUGCUGCCUUUUAGAAAACCAAAAUCCACAAAACGGAAUGGAAAUCAAAGAAGUUCAAAAGGAAGCAUUUCCCUUGUGUGGGUAAUUGAUGAAGGCUUAAAGUUAUGGGAGGUUUUCAGGCCAAAACUGUUUCCCUGUUUGCUCCACUGGAACACACAAACCAAAGAUUGGAUCUCUGAUUAAUUGCUGCAUAGCUACUGAGACCUCAAGCUGCAGUGUAGUUCCUGAGAUGUUAAUCCAGUUCUGAAAUCUGGAUUUGUGUGUGUGUGUGUUUGCAAAUUCUGCACUAUACUUGUUUGAGAUAGGUAAAUGUGUUGUGCUGGUAAGCCUCCAAGCUGGUCCUAUACAAACUGAAUAGUGGGUGGGACAAGUUUAUGUGGUUUUCCACUUCAAAUGCAAAAACUGAUUAUUGGCUGUUGGGGAUAAACAUCCCAAAUAGGUGACAGAUUGGAGGAUUUUAUCAUGAGAUCGGGGGUAGGGGGGACGGCUACUGGAUGCGAAAGCUGGAGUGGAAUUACACAGAAUAAGUGUGUUCUGGAUCAGACUAGUGGCCCAUCUAGUCUGGUAUCCUGUUCUCCUAGUGGCCAACCAGAUGUCAUUUACAGGUAAAAUACCUGUGAUGUGAAACAAGGAUUUGGAGAUCUGCAUUGCAAAACUAGCUCAGCUUUUGCAGAGAAGUGUCUUGAAUAGGUGGUGCCAGUGACUGGGAUGGUACCCUUUCAAAUUGCCUAGAUUCAGUACUCAAAUUGUUGGUUGCAGCACUGUGAUUGUGUUUGCCUGGAUUCCUUAACAAAGCAGUGCUCUCUGGACCACAUGCCCAGAAAGUACUUGCAAAAGGUCUUUUGUGCUUGGUCUCAGCAAGCAGCUUGGUAAGUUUAUUCUUCCUGCAAUGUCCUGGUAAGGCCUUUGCACAACAUAGCCUCUGACUUUUCUUGGUUAUUCCUUGACUUGGAUUCCUCCAUCUCCUGCAUCAUAUUGAAUCAACUGGUAAGGUGUUUGAAAUACACACAUAAAAGCAAGGAAGAAGGUAACACCAAAGAGUUGAGAAACUUCUUUUAGUUCAUGAAAACCAUUUAUUUUCUGAAAUCCAUGAUGCUUAAUGUGCAAAAGUUCAGAAUCUGAAGCUACAAGACUUUCAAACACUGGAAACUAAGCCAUAUGAGGAGUGGUUGAAGGAGCUGGGUACGUUUAGCCUGGAAAAGAGGAGACUGAGAAGAGAUAUGAUAGCCAUCUUCAAAUAUCUCAAGGGCUGUCACAUGGAAGAGGGAACAAGCUUGCUUCCUCCUGCUCUGGAGGUUAGGACUUGAACCAAUGGAUACAAGUUAAAAGAGAUUCUGACUAAACAUAUGGAAAAACUUUCUGACAGUAAGAGUUAUUUGACAGUGGAAUAGUCUCUCUUGGGAGGUUGUGGACUCCUCUUCCUAGAAGGUUUUUAAGCAGAGGUUGGAUGGCCACCUGUCACGGAUGCUUUAGCUGAGAUUCCUGCAUUUCAGGGGGUUGGAGUAGAUGACCCUCUUGGUUCCUUCCAACUCUUUUUUUUUAAUGCUUUUUAUUGAUUUUUCAUUUAAUACAAACAAACAAAGUACAAUAAUAUUCAACAGUCAUUUACCCACAUUCUUUCCCAACACUCUGCUGAGCAUUGACUUCCCUCCCUUCCUUCAACAGGUUUUCUGGCUUCAGUCACCUUUCCACAGUUUCUUAUUAUAUCCAGUCCAGUCUACGUCUUAAGAUUCAUUUCAGUCCUGCCAGAGUCUGCAAAUUUCUACAGUUAUUAUUUUAUAAUCCAUAAAUUUACUCCAAUCUCUUUGGGAUUUUGUUUCCUCCAGUUUCGAAUCCUGAAGGUCAGUUUUGCUAGUUCUGCAUAAUCUACCAUCUUCGUCUGCCACUCCUCUACUGUUGGUAAAUCUGGUACUUUCCAUUUUUGGGCUAACAAAGUUCUGGCAGCAGUCGUAGCAUACAUAAAUAACCUUUGAUCUGCUUUUUCUAUUUCCUCUCCCAUCAAGCCUAGCAAAAAAGCUUAAAAAGGGGUUCCUUCCAACUCUAAAAUUCAAUGAUUCUACGAUGGGAGUUGCAGUCCAACAACAGCUGGGGACCCAAGUUUGAGAAACAUUGGUAGACCUUCAGCUUCUUUCUCCUGCAUAAGCUGAGACAAGUUUUGGGUGCUGGCAGCUGGCUGUCAGAACUUCCUGGUUGCAUUUGCAAAGGUGUUUUCGUGUGACGAAAGGGAUAAAGUCCUGUUGUCCCUGUCACUGGGUCUACACAAGGCGAGGACAAGGCAUGGGGUUACUACCAAUACAGAGCAGAGCAGAGCCCAAGCAAAGCCAUGGCUCUUAACUUUUCUGUCAGCAGACGAGGCACCCAAGAGGCCUGUCUGGCUUUGCAUCCCAUAAAUGUAGGAUUAAGAGGGAGGGAGCCAUAGCUCAGUAAGGCUUUGGGACCUGCAUUGACUUCCCUUGCUCUAAUGGAUAUGUUGGCAUGGCUUUAACACAACCAUCAGGAGUCCCAGAACAGCUGAUUUCUCAUUCACCAGCCAAGGGGGAGGAGGUAAUGCCCUUCUGCUUACGUGCUCGGGUAAAAGCCGCCCCCCACUCCUCAUUUCCCAUGGAAGUCACUGGCUACCCUUGUCACGAAUACCAGAAAUAAUUUUAAGAACAAGAACAAUAGAAAUAAUAGCUUCCCGUCAAUUACAAAUUGUUUAACCUUACAUCGUAUCCCGGCUUCCUUGCCUGUAAAGAGAGACCCCGUUUUCCAGUCAAUACACAUCACCAUCUACCCUCAGACAGAGCUCCCCUCUUCAUCUAAUUAGUGGGCGAAGCUAAUUGUGUGCAUCUGAGAGCACUUUGGUGCCUCUAAAUAUACAUUAAUGAGAUCAGGCUACCAUCAUCCUGCCCUUGUGAUCCAUAGCUCAGAAGGGGAUGUUUCUCCACUCUGUGUAGAUUUCCAUUAACUUACAAGCAAGGGAAGGAAGCAGUUUGGUGACGUUGUAAUUUAUUAAAAAUAGAGAAAUGAAAGUGUGCUUACCUUCUUGCUUGAUUUGUCAAAGCCCUUCAUCUGCAGCGUUUUGGAAACCUUUGCAACAAUAAGUCGCGUUAGGAAUGCAUGAAACUUAAUCGCUUUUUUGCCACUGUUUUCUCCCCGCCACUAUGCUCUUGGCUGUCUGUGGCAUUUCUACAGAAUGCCUAGGAUUCCCUUGGUUUUUUUUUUAGGAAUCAUGGUUAAAAUGGAAGGAGCUGGAGUGGUCAGCGUGAUCACAUGGAGCUCACUGAGUGGCUUUGGGUGAUGGUCACUUCCUCUCAGCCCGGCCUACCUCACAGGGUUGUUGUGAAGAUUAAAUGAGGAGAUGGAGAAUCAUGUAUGGCCACCUUGAACUCUUUAGAGAAAAAGCUGGGAUAUAAAUGCAAUAGUUCAAUAUUAUUAUAUAAGGAAUACUUAUCUAAAUGUAGGCAUCGUCGCCAUUGUUUUCAGUGAGCUCAUAUUUGGAUGUGCAUCCGAAUGCACAUUUGUUAAAGGAUCCUAAACUCCCGACCUGCACAGGAGUUUCUAAAUCUAGGCACUUCUCUCUCUCCUACAGCCUCUUUCUGGAUGAACUUGUGUACGCAGCUGCAAAUAUCCACCCCCACCCCCCAAAAUGCAUAGUAACUCCAAUGGUAAGAAAAACAGUGGGAGAAAUGUCUGCACCAGAAGAAUUGCAAUAACUGGGCCAGAAAAAACACACGCUGCUACCAUUACUGCUAUCUCUCUGAUUACACAUUUAUUUAGUUAUUAUUUUGUUUGUUACAUCUGUACAGUGGUACCUCAGGUUAAGUACUUAAUUCGUUCCAGAGGUCCGUUCUUAACCUGAAACUGUUCUUAACCUGAAGCACCACUUUAGCUAAUGGGGCCCCCCCCCCGCUGCUGCCGCGCUGCCGGAGCACGAUUUCUGUUCUCAUCCUGAAGCAAAGUUCUUAACCCGAGGUACUAUUUCUGGGUUAGCGGAGUCUGUAACCUGAAGCGUCUGUAACCUGAAGUGUCUGUAACCCGAGGUACCACUGUAUACUGUAUUUUCCUCCAAGGAAAUGUAUGUGGUUUUUCUUCACAACAACCAUGUGAGGUGGGCUAGGCUGAGAGAUGUUGACUUGGCCCAAGGUCACCUAGUGAGCUUCAAGUCUGAGUGUGGAUUUGAACCCUGGUCUCCUGGGUCAUACAGCAACGCUCUAAACUAUGGGUAGGCAAACUAAGGCCUGGCAGCCAGAUCUGGCCCAAUCGCCUUCUAAAUCUGGCCCGCGGACAGUCCGGGAGUCAGUGUGUUUUUACAUGAGUAGAAUGUGUGCUUUUAUUUAAAAUGCAUCUCUGAGUUAUUUGUGGGGCAUAGGAAUUUGUCCCCCCCAAAAAACCCCUAGUCCAGCCCCCCCCCCCAAGGUCUGAGGGACAGUGGACUGGCCCCUUGCUGAAAAAGUUUGCUGACCCCUGCACCAAUACACCACAUUAGCAAAGUACAAGAGGGAAUAGUGGCAAGGAUUCCAUGGGAAAGGUGUGUUUUCAGGAGGGAUUUCCUCCCCCCCCCUCCAAAUAUGAGUCUAUGAAGUGCCUUUCACGAGGCAGUAUAUACAGCUGAAAGGCCAAUUUUGCUGCCAGGAGGUGAUGGAAUGAAUGCACUCAAGGAAUAUAGAAAGCCAUUUUAAUGUUGGAUUUCAUUGAGGAAGCUGGAACAAUAGCCAAUAACUAUAAAACUACUGAGGCAGAGCCAUACUUGUGCUGAGGGCAUCUCUCAAACACUUUAGCACCAUGAAGGGGAGUAUUUUUAUCAAUGACAUGGGAGCGCAACAGCAUGCCAUGGCCUUGCGGUCACGAGCCAUGGGUAGCGCACAGAAAUAGCUCAGGGGGGAGGAGGGGGGCUCCCUUGGGGUCGGCCUGAACAGAGGCAUUUUAUGCAGAUCUUCUGAUACACAAUCUACAGUAAGCAUAUUGGGGCCAGAUCAAAUGUUAGCGAGGGGUAAGCAAAGGAGAAAUGGUACCAAUGUAUGGAGACAUUAUCCUCCCAACCCAUUUUUUGUUGUUAGUUUUGUCAAGGAUUUUUAUUCGGUUCAGCAUUGCAUAGAGUAAUGAAACAGAGCUAGAAGGGGCUUCGAUGCUCAUUUAGACAGCAAGUCCAUUACUAGAGCAUCCCUUUUAAGUGACUGCUCAGCCUUUGCUGAAAAACGUCAGCUCAUACCAUCAGAGAGUUCUUCCUACUGCUUAGUUUGAAUCAAUUUUCUUUUAAUUUGAAUCAAUUGGAUCAGGUCCUACCCUCUGGAGUAAUGGAAAAUGCGUUUGCUCCAUCAUUUGUGCUACAUAUCACUUAUUAUGCCUUCUCCUCCUUGUCUUUUAUAAUAUUUGUGUCAUUAUCCUACCCUUUCUCCAAGCUCAGGCCGGUGUAUCUUGCUCCUCUCAUGCUACAGAGUUCCACAACCAGACCGACCAACUUACUACUUGUUGACUAAGAGCUAGAACGGCACAAAUAUUAUAAAAGACAAGGAGAGAGCUGGAACUGUCUCUAUCCCACUGCUUGGGUAUAUAUUGGCUGGCCAACCUGAAUGCGUUGCUGUAGAACACAUGGAACAGUCCUUAUCAGCUGCAUAGGGAUCUGAGUCAGAGAUUUCCCUGGUCAAAGCCUCAGUCUCUCUAGCUCUGCAUAGGUAAAAGUUAAGGGACCCCUGAGCAUUAGAUCCAGUCGUGGCCGACUCUGGGGUUUUUCAUCUCGCUUUAUUGGCUGAGGAAGCCGGCGUACAGCUUCCGGAUCAUGUGGUCAGCAUGACUAAGCCGCUUCUGGCGAACCAGAGCAGCGCACGGAAACACCGUUUACCUUCCCACCAGAGCGGUACCUAUUUAUCUACUUGCACUUUGACGUGCUUUCAGACUGCUAGGUUGGCAGGAGCAGCAAUCGAGCAAUGGGAGCUCACCCUGUUGUGGGGAUUCGAACCGCCGACCUUCUGAUCGGCAAGUCCUAGGCUCUGUGGUUUAACCCACAGCGCCACUCGCGUCCUAGCUCUGCAUAGUAUAUACCUUAUUAGUAGUGGCAGCCGAUUGCCUCCCAUUUUGUAUUCAUACUAUUUGCUGUACAGCUAAAACACGUUCGCCACAGUUUUCCAAAACAGGCACAGUUCAGUUGGCAGUAGCCCGGGGAACACACAAGAAGCACUGGCAGAUUAUAUGUGGGAGGCCUUGAACGACAUCCUCAUUUGGCGUGUUUGGUUCCUGUCAGAGUCCCAUCGUCUCCUCGCUCACUCCGACGUCGAUACCCACCCACAGCUUUGCAAACGCAAACCAUAAAUCUGUCCUUUUAAGCACAAGUGUGAAGACGCCAGAUUUCUGCAGGGAUGAUUUCCUAUAUAUAUAAAUAUAUGGCACUUAUCACAUUGCGGGUGGUGAGAAUAAAUGUUGCGCCUGCUAUGUAAAAAUGAAAUCACAGCUUUCGCCUCCUGUAUACACGCUUUCUUAUUGCAUGUGGAACCAACUAGUAUAUUGGAACGUAUAUGGAUUUUAUUUCGCUGUUGCCUUCCCCCCCCCCUUCAGGCUUGCUAGAGAUGGGGGAGGAAUUCCAAGAGCACACACACCACAGUGUUGGAUUGCAGUUGCAUUGUGCUUUCCCAUUGCCAGUAGCUUAAGAGGAGAGCAAUUUUGCUGGCCAUUACUUUCAGCACCCGGCACUCUGGACAGCUCCUUACUGAAUGUGUUCUAGUUUAGAUAGCAACCUUUUCUGGAUAACUUCUCUGCAAAUGCGUAACACAGCCCUGCUAUCAUGUUUUGAUUAUAGUGAGCGUUUGGUACAAAUCUCUGUCCUUGCAAGAACGCUGAAUCCAAAUUUCUCCCCUCACCAUCAAAUUAUGACACAUAUUAGGAUGGGGGGAGGGGGGAGGAGGAAUAGAAGCAGUCUUGAUGCAGAGAUACAGAUAUGUUGUUAAACAAUUGUAUACUAUUUUGCACAUGAAGCAUGCUGUCAGGUUCUACAGUGGGAGGGCGUCUAGCCAUGCCCUUUCCUGGCAGAGUCAGAAGAAUUGCAGCAGUGCAGGCAUCACUGCAUGGUGCCCCUGAUGCAUGCUUCUGAUUUCCGGGGGGGGAGGGGAGGAAGAAAAUAAGCUGGAAGAGGGGGGAGGCAGGACGAAGGGUGCUGAGGUGGGCUGCUCUGACAGCUGGAAGAGCAAGUGAAAAAGCAGGACCUGUGAGUCUCCUUGCUGCCUUUCUCAAGGCCUAGGAACCACAUCCCUGAAGGAAUGAUAUCUGCACAGAUAAGAUAUUGAACCAAGCAACUGUGUGUGUGUGUUUUUUUUUAAAUUACUCUCUUGCUUUGGGGGCAUGUAGCCAGGCCCCAGGCUCAGAAGGACUUGUCUGAAGCAAGCUUGACAUAGUGAGAAGAGGGCUAGUCCACCAAGAAGGGGCGCCUGGUGUGUUUCCAGGGAAUAGCACCAGGUUGGAAACUCCCCAAACCCUGAUUCAAGAGCUUUGAAGGCCAUGGGGUCUUGCUAGCGCAACAUCAAUGGAAUAUAUAGAACCAUAGAAUAGUAGAGUUGGAAGGGAUCCCAAGAUUCAUCUAGUCCAACCCCCUGCAAUGCAGGAAUCCCUGACAGAUGGCCACCCAAACUCUCUCUCUAGAAACCUGCAAUGAAGGAGAGUCUACCACCUUCCAAGGUUACCCAUUCAACUACUGAACAGCUCUUCACGUCAAUAAGUUCUUCCUAAUAUUUAGUAGGAAUCUCCUUUCUUGUAAUUUGAAUCCACUGGUUUGGGUCCUACCCUCUGGAGCAGGAGAAAACAAUCUUGUUCCACCUUCCAUGUGAACCCUUUAGAUAUCUGAAGAUGGGCUAUCUCAUCUCCUCCCUUUAAGCUGGUCUCUGACCAUAAUAAAUUUCAUGUUUCAUCUCCUCUCAGACUUCUCUUUCCCAGGCUAAACAUAUCCAACUCCCCCAGUCUUCUUUUCUCCAUGCUAAAUAUACCAAACUCCCUCAACCAUUCCUCAUAAGGCUUGGUUUCCAGACCCUUUAUCAUCCAGGAUGCCCUCCUUUGCACACAUUCCAGCUUGUCAAUGUUCUUCUUAAAACUGUGGUGCCCAGAACUGGACACGGCCUAUAAAAGCAAUAAACAACAAAGGUGCAUAAAUAGCUGUUGUUGUUGUUUAGUCAUGUCCGACUCUCCGUGACCCCAUGGACCAGAGCACGCCAGGCCCUCCUGUCUUCCACUGCCUCCAGCAGUUUGGUCAAACUCAUGUUCUUAGCUUCGAGAACACUGUCCAACCAUCUCGUCCUCUGUCGUCCCCUUCUCCUUGUGCCCUCUAUCUUUCCCAACAUCAGGGUCUUUUCCAGGGAGUCUUCUUUUCUCAUGAGGUGGCCAAAGUCUUGGAGCCUCAGCUUCAGGAUCUGUCCUUCCAGUGAGCACUCAGGGCUGAUUUCCUUCAGAAUGGAGAGGUUUGAUCUUCUUGCAGUCCAUGGGACUCUCAAGAGUCCCCUCCAGCUCCAAAUAGCUGGCCUACAUUAACUGAAGUGUAGUGUCCAGGUGUGAUCUGAGAGAGACACAUUUCUGUUUACUGGAGACCUGUUGCUUAAUGCUGUCUCUUUUCCCCCUUCCUGGUCACGCUGGCUUUGGAUGCUGGGAGAUGGGUUGGCGCUGGAUCAACAGGCCUGUGGGAGUACAGUAUUUACUGUACUGCAGUGCAGAGCGUGUGAGGAAAAGCACCAGCCCAGAUUGGUCUCUCGAUCGAAAACAAACAGCACUGUUGGGAGAAAAACAAAACCCAAGGAGCAAAAGUGCUGCUCCUCUUUAUUAGUUUUGCCAGUUGCUCUGGCACGUUUGGAGCAAAUUUCUCCUUCGAAGGGAGCCGCGCUUGAGAUUUCCUUUUAAUGUUGCUCGGCUGCUUCUCCUGACCUCUGCCGCACUGCCUAUUACCUCAGCCCUGCUUCUCCCACAGCCCGAUCGAAUUAGCAAAGCGCGAUGGCGGUGCUUCUCGGCUCCUUGGAAUUGGAUGCCGGUGGCAGCCAAAGGCGGUAAUCAAGAUCAAGGCAAUACUCAAAGAAAAGAGGAGAUAAUGAACUAAAGGGGAGUUAUAUUUGGUUGGAAGCACAGGGGUUGAUCAGGGCAAGAGCAUCCCGUUCUGGUCUCCUCUCAGGUGCCGACUCAUUAGGUGGGCUUUGGCAAGCUAUGAUUCGCUCAGCCUCAAUCUUUCUCUAGUCCCCAUCUGGAGCAUGGGUAUAAUAACCACAGGUGAUCUCUCAAGGCUUUUAUAAGGAUUCUUAAAGCUCUGGGGGUUGUGUGUGUAUCAAAUGCUUGGGACACCUGGAAUUUAUAGAGUUGCCAAGGAACCAUGUAAAAUGAAAGUUGAGGCAGGAGCUAGGAGUCCUGCUAGGGAUUAUUUUUUUAAAGAGCUGCUAAGGAUCUCAGUGGGCUUUGUGCAUUUUCUGUUUGCUGUGGACUACCCUAGCCAGUGUCAUUGUCAGGUUUAGCACUUCUCUCACACAGGACAUGGAACGCUGGCAGUUUUACUAAAGGUAAAGGUAAAGGGACCUCUGACCAUUAGGUCCAGUCAUGGACGACUCUCGGGUUGUGGUGCUCAUCUUGCUUUACUGGCCAAGGGAGCCAGCGUACAGCUUCUGAGUCAUGUGGCCAGCAUGACUAAGCCGCUUCUGGCAAACCAGAGCAGUGCACGGAAAUGCCGUUUACCUUCCCGCCAGAGCGGUACCUAUUUAUCUACUUGCACUGUGUGUUUUUGAACUGCUAGGUUGGCAGGAGCAGGGACUGAGCAACGGGAGCUCACCCCGCCGCAGAGAUUCGAACCCCAAACCUUUUGAUCGGCAAGCCCUAGGCUCUGUGGUUUAACCCACAAUGCCACCUGUGUCCCGGCAGUUUUACUAGGUAAAGGUACCCCUGCCCGUACGGGCGAGUCGUGUCCGACUCUAAGGUUGCAUGCUCAUCUCGUUCAAGAGGCCGUGAGCCGGUGCCGUCCGAAGACACUUCUGGGUCAUGUGGCCAGUGUGACAAAGCUGCAGCUGGUGGGCCAGCACCAGCGCAGCACACGGAAACGCCGUUUACCUUCCCGCUAUAAAGCGGUACCUAUUUAUCUACUUGCACUUAAGGGUGCUUUCGAACUGCUAGGUGGGCAGGAGCUGGGACCGAAUGACGGGAGCUCACCCCGCCACGGGGAUUCAAACCGCCGACCAUGCGAUCAGCAAGUCUUAGGCACUGAGGUUUUACCCACAGCGCCACCCACGUCCCUGGCAGUUUUACUAGUUGAGGUUUAUUUAGCAAUAACAGGCUUUCAGAGGUCCAAGCUUCCACAACUCAUUCCUCACUGUCAGAGUCAGUUGACUCGACUGGCUUCUGGCCCCCUCCAAGGCCAGAUAUACGCCAAGUCCUUCCUCACCUCCUGCUGGUCUUCCUUUGUUCUAAUACUUGCUCUGCCUCCUACUUCUUGGAGACUCAGGUGCAACCAAUUCCUCCUCCUCUGGAGCUGAAUCCUCCAGAUUCCUACCACCUUCCUCCUGCUCCUGCAUCUCUGUGCUGCUGCGAAAACUUACAGGCAGCGUUCCAGAGCGAGAAGGGCUUCUCUCACUUUCGUUGUGUGAAAGAAUCAAGUUCCUGUUUUCCUCUGCCUCUUCCAUCCCCUCUGCAUACUCCUCUCUGCUAGAGAUAUCUCUGACAGUCAUGGAGGCCAAGGCUUGCAUCUCCAACAGGCUUUGCUGUUAAGGGAAUUUUGUGGUCUCUGCCUUUUUCCAUCUCCGACGCCUUAAGAGAAACUUCAGAAAUAAUUUGUGUCUCAUGGUCCUCCAGGACCUCUCUGACUGCCUUUCUUUUUUAAAAAAAUAUUUUAUUAAAAUAAUUCAACAUUAAUACAUUCAUAUUAUGAAUAUACAAACAAACAUACAUUUCAUACAGUCCUUGAAAAUAUUCAUACAUACCCCCACUCAAUCCCACACAUACUUCCUUUUCCCACCACCAUCCCUCACCUCAACUUUGUGUUAGACUCAAUUGCAAUUUCUUUCCACUUCUAUUACUUUCUUUCACACACUUUUAAACCAGCUUUCUGCUUCUUUUUCUGUUACACAUUGUUAUCCAUCUUAUUUAGUAUUUCACUAAUUAUAAGGGAACUUAUUUAUUCUAAUGGGAGUUCUGACUUUUCAAUAUGAUUUUGCAAAUAUCCUUUAAACACCUUCCAGUCCUUGUCUUAUCUUCUCUUUUGAGAUCCUUCCAAUUUCUCCCAUUGUUUUGGAUAUAUUGUAAUACUCCAAAAACAGAGCCACUCUGUUUUUGUCGGUAUUCUCUGACUGCCUUUCAUUUCCCAGACUUUCAUGUACCAACCCAUAAUUUGGGGCAAAGGCUGUUUUAUGUGUGUGUUUCAUUGAGGCUCUGGGUGGGAAGGGCAUGAUGAGAAUCCGGAUCCAUUUUAAACCCUCAUGGGGAAUACUGGGUUGACCACAUUUCCCAAGACUAUGGUAAGUUUUGGGGACCACUUAAAGAUCUCUACAAGAGUGGGGGCACCCUACUUCAUUUCCUCCCCUCCCUCUGGCCCUUGAUUCUACCAUUCAGAAGUUCAUGUAAACAUGCACAACUCUCGUGUUAUAGAUAACACGACAUUUCCUUGCAUUUCCCAGGUGGCAAUCUCGCCUAGAGCGUGUGCUGUUCUAAUUGCAAUCAGCCCCUUUCAUUCCCCCCUCCCCUGCCAGACUGUUAAAUGUUUGCGGGAUUGAGCCAAACAGCUGGCCAUGUAAUGGCGAGCUAUCGUGGGGGUGUCCUGGGGGCACCAUAAACGUAAAUGUAACGGAUGCCUUUAAGAGUUUCAGAGGUGGUGAUUUAGUUCCUCAGGAGGGAGAGAUAGCAGCAGCUCUCUCCUUGGUGGCUAUAGCUUUUGUAGCCCCCAAGACUUUGCCAAAGACAGCUGCCCACACAGCAAGUGGCCCAUGGAACUGAGUCAAAGAACAUUUCAAAGAGGUGCCUUUGGGACUUUGAGUGAAAGAGACGGCAUGAUAAAAGUUUGCGAAAGUAUGAAUGGCAUGGAGAGGGUGGAUACACAAAAGUUUUUCUCCUUCUCUCAAGGCCAUCCAGUCAAACUGAAUGUUAACCAGUGGAACUCUCUGAACACGUACAGUGGUACCUCGGGUUAAGUACUUAAUUCAUUCCAGAGGUCCGUUUUUAACCUGAAUAUGUUCUUAACCUGAAGCACCACUUUAGCUAAUGGGGCCUCCUGCUGCCGCUGCGCCGCUGGAGCACGAUUUCUGUUCUCAUCCUGGAGCAAAGUUCUUAACCCGAGGUAUUAUUUCUUGGUUAGCCGAGUCUGUAACCUGAAGUGUAUGUAACCUGAAGCGUUUGUAACCUGAGGUACCACUGUAAUUCUAUAAGCUUCUGCCAUGUCACCUCUUGCUCACUUUUUGAUACCUCCAUGCAUCAAACCACAAGCUCUGACAGCAGCAAAUUUAUUUUAGUCACUGAUUAAAUUUAUUUUAUUUUAUUACAUUUAUAUACCACCCUUCCUCUGAUGGUCACAGGGUGGUUUAUGGACUAAAAACACAAGAAGAUGUAACAGAAUAACAAACAAAACAAUACCCCUGCCCCCAGUUUAAAAGGCCAUAAGUUGUCCUAUCUGCCAAACACCUGGGAGAAGAGAUCUCUUUGCCUGAUGCCUAAAAGAUAUGUAAUGAAGGCACCAGGCGAGCUUCCCUGGGGAGAGCAUUCCACAAAUGGGGAGCCACCACAGAAAAGGCCCGUUCUCAUGUUGCUGCCCUCUGGACCUCUCGUGGAGGAGGCACAUGAAGUAGGGCCUCAGAUGAUGAUUGCAGGGUGGGUUCAUAUGGGGAGAGGCAGGUCUUGAGGCACUGUAGUCCUGGUACAGUUCUUGAAGUAUUGCAGUCCAAAUGCAGUUCUUCAGUACAGUGGUACCUCGGGUUACAUACGCUUCAGGUUACAUAUGCUUCUGCUCUGCUAACCCAGAAAUAGUACCCCGGGUUAAGAACUUUGCUUCAGGGUGAGAACAGAAAUCGUGCUCUGGCAGCACAGCAGCAGCGGGAGGCCCCAUUAGCUAAAGUGGUGCUUCAGGUUAAGAACAGUUUCAGGUUAAGAACGGACCUCUGGAACGAAUUAAGUACUUAACCCGAGGUACCACUGUACACUCAUUCCUUGAAUUGUGUAGGGUGAUCUUUGGGGGAGUUUGAAGGAAUGGGUGCUUCAGUCUUUGGGCAGGUAGUUGGGCUUGCAGCACAUGUGGCCAACCGGACGCUUUUGGGUAACUUCCAUGCAGGUUUCUCCCUGCUUACCCAUGGACUCCCCUCCCUGGUGCACAACAGAUUGGCACUGAGGAGCACACCAGUCGGUAUGCUUCCAAGCUGCUUCCAGAACCAAGCAGCUGGGGAUUUGGUGUGCAGUGAGGCCACAGAGAUCCCAUUGUGUGCCUCCCUCCACUUCCCAGCUGACUGGCACUGGAAACAGGUGAGGAGCCUGCUAAUUGGGAUGCUUUUCAGUCCCAGUUUGCUGAGCAGCAGAGGAGAAGGGAAGUGCAAUUGGAUCUCAUUGCACCAGGUGUGAAGGUGGUUUUUUUUGUAUAUAAAUUUUUUUAUUAGUUUUUUAACAUAUCAUUUUCAACAGUAAUUAAACAUACUUUUACAUCUUAUUCAAUUUUUUUUUACUUCCAUCAAUCCUAUCUGAAAAUUUUCCAAUCUAAUCUCUUAGUAUGCAUUUCUUAUCUUCCCUAUUACAUUUCAAACUCAUAACCAAUAUCUCUAUCUUUUUCUACUUUGUAACACUUCGUAUAUUUCUCCUUACAAAACUUCUUGUAACUAGCGUAAUUUGUUGAUUACAGUUGCUCUUCAAAUAAUUCAUAUACUUCUUCCAAUCUUCUGUAAAUCUCUGGUCCCGCAGGUUUCAAAUCCUUCCUGUCAUUUUGUCCAAUUCUGCCUGGUCCAUUAAUUCACACCAGGUGUGAAGGUUUAAGCCUGCCCUAUACCUGUGCAAUGAGGAUGGACAUGAAAGGUGUGUGUGCAAGAGAGUGAGAGAAACUUAAGUAGGAGAGGGAAACUCGUGUGUGUUUCUGUAUGUGUGUGUGUGUGUGUGUGUGAGAGAGAGAGAGAGAGAGAGAGAGAGAGAGAGACAGACAGACAGACCCACUGCCAUUACUGACCCUGCCUGCCACCAGUAUGCAUUCCUCCCACUGCCACAUGCAGCUCUGGGGGAGAAAUAUAAUAAUAAUAAUAAUAAUAAUAAUAAUAAUAAUAAUAAUAAUAAUAAUAAUAAAUAAAUUUUAUUUAUAUCCCGCCCUCCCCAGCCAAAGCCAGGCUCAGGGCGGCUAACAACAAACAAAUAAUCAAACAAUCAAAUAAUCCAACAUUCUAAAACAUUUCAUUAUAAAAAUUAAUUAAAAUCAAAUUAAUGGCAACCGUUAAGCAAAGUUCUGUGCAGGUUGCCAGAGGAGGGAGUCAGGCUGGGCCCUGACCAAAGGCCUGGUGGAACAGCUCUGUCUUGCAGGCCUUGCGGAAAGAUGUCAGGUCCCGCAGGGCCCUAGUCUCUUGUGACAGAGCGUUCCACCAGAUUGGAGCCGCAGCCGAGAAAGCCCUGGCUCUAGUUGAGGCCAGCCUAACCUCUCUGAGGCCUGGGACCUUCAGGAUGUUUUUAUUUGCAGACCGUAGGUUCCUCUGUGGGGCAUACCAGGAGAGGCGGUCCCGUAGGUACGAGGGUCCUAGGCUGUAUAGGGCUUUAAAGGUUAAAACCAGCACCUUAAACCUGAUCCUGUACUCCACCGGGAGCCAGUGCAGCUGGUAUAGUACCGGAUGAAUGUGAUCUCGCAGCGAAGACCCCAUAAGGAGUCUCGCCGCGGCAUUCUGCACCCGCUGGAGUUUCUGGGUCAGUCUCAAGGGCAGCCCCACGUAGAGCGAGUUACAAUAAUCCAGUCUGGAGGUGACCGUCGCGUGGAUCACAGUGGCUACCUCUGGGCUAGAUCGUCUUUGUGUACCCUCCAGCUCCAUUUCCAAUUGAUACUUUGACAUCAGCAUGGCUUUCCAGCAGUCCAUCACAUGGCAAAGUUUAAAGGGCUUCAUUGAGCCCAGUUUAUCGCGUGGGCGAUGCUCCCUUGGCUGAUCAACAGACAAUCAACGGUAGCCGUUAUGCUUUGACUUCUUUGGCAAACUUGCUCAGCUUGCAGCUGCUAUGCUAAGCCCAGUACUUGGGCUUUUUGCUUCAAAAUGCAGAGUAUUCGAGUCAGGAGCUGGUGUGAGGUUUGCCACCUUUUCAUCUAGCACACUGAGGGUUAGCUUAUCUGGGGUUAACUCUGAAGGCUUUCAAGGUCUAAUUCAUGACUUGUCGCUGCAGUGGGGAGGCCCUAGCCGUGCAGUAUAUUGAUCACCCCACUGGAUUAUUUAGUUUAUUGACUCUCCUUGCUUUCCUACCCUAAUUAAAGCCAGAUAAAUACUUAGUGUUGCAUAUUGGAGGCUGCAUGUUAGCAGUGACCUGGAAAGGGGUGGGGGUGGGGGGUGUAAUUGAAAAUGCAGUCAAUUCAGGUUGAUGACUUAUGAACUAAGGAAUGGCAGUCUCAAAGGGGGCUGCUGUUAUCUUUUGGUCUGGCUUGUAGUUGAGUUGGCGAGACCUUCCUUGUGAUGCUUUCUAGCACCCUUUGCCAACCUGCUGCCUUCCCGAUGUUCUGGACUUCCACGGUGCUUGCUUCCUGAGCCCCAAACAAAUCACGGAGAAGGGAAAUCAUCUUCCGAAAACUCAGUACUACAAAGAAACCCAAAUACCAGUGGCUGGAAACCACAGGAAGGGAGAGGACUCUUGCCAGUGUGCUGUAGUGGUUAAGAGCAGUGGACUUGUAAUCUGGUGAACCGGGUUCGCUUCCCCGCUCCUCCACAUGCAGCUGCUGGGUGACCUUGGGCCAGUCACACUUCUUUGAAGUAUCUCAGCCUCACUCACCUCACAGAGUGUUUGUUGUGGGGGUGGAAGGGAAAAGGAGAUUGUGAGCCGCUUUGAGACUCCUUAGGGCAGUGAUAAAGCGGGAUAUCAAAUCCAGAUCCAAACUCUUGUGGUUUUGUUCUGCUCACUGGCUGCCCACAGCCUUCUGGUUCGCCACAGUGAGAAUGGGAUGCUGGACUAGAUGGGCCAUUGGCCUACAGCAAGCUAUUCCUACAUUCUUAGGACCUGUCUUUCUGGAGGUGGCCAGACGGAGACCACAGUCCCACUGCCCAGGCAAUGUGAAAUUAGGCUGCAGACUGGCAAAUGUUCCACCGGAGGCAGUCAAUCACAGAUUGCCCCUUGGGGGCCAACGGGCCUGGCUUCUGCCUAAUCGGAGGUUAUUGUCAUUUAUGUAUUUGCUCAGACGCGGGGAGCUGUGCAAAGAUAAUGCUGAUCCCGUCCACCCCUUGCCGCCCCCUCCCCCAUGCCUUCCACGCCAGUGGAGCGCAAACCCAGCUGGGCCAGAGGACGGGGCGGAGGAGGCUGAGAUCAGCAGCCGGAUAUAAUUGCAUUUUGCUCCAUAAUCGCCCCCGGGGUCUGAGAAGACCCGUCUGUGUCCUCUCUCUCUCUCUCUCUCUCUCUCUCUCUCUCUCUCUCUCUCUGCAUCUUGGGGGGAUCAGUGUAAAAAUUCAGCGGAAAGGCCAGUCCUGGCCCUCGCCUGCUGGGCCAUAAAUCGUGCGAGAACCUUCCCUUUGCCUCCUGCGCCCGCUGGGCUUCACCAUCCGGACCCGUAAGGCUGGCUUGUAUUUUAUGCUCUCCACAUCCCUCCUGAUCCUUGAUUUCUCAUCAUUUGGAGUCCCUGGUAGUUACAUGUGCUCAGCUCCCUUCCAGAACGGGCUUGUGUUUUAUAGCACUGCCACGGCGAGCGGAGGGUGGGGCGGAGGAUACCUCCUUAUUGUAUUUAUAAAAGGGGAGCCUGAGAUUGAUGGGGUGCCAGGAGGGAUGAUCACAAAUCCAACGGUCUACAGCUGGCCUGCAGCAAGAAGAGAAGCGUGGAAGAGGGAGGAAGGGAGGGAGGGAAUGUCCUUUUUGCCAGAGUUGUGUGAUUUAUAUGAACAAAAGGCUAUGUUGUAAAUCUUGCCUUUUAUAGUAUGGUUCUCCAUCAGGGCAAUGGCAACACCUGGCCCUGUUAACAUCCAGGCAACAUAACCCUGGUUCUGAACAAGCCUUGUCGAGGCGAACUGAUAAAUGUGCUGUAUUUACUGGCGUAAAAAAAGGUUCCUGCUCGCCACUUCUGCCAAUAUGAGAAAUAAACUCUCUCGUCACAUGUUUUUUACAGAGUGCUUUCUCUAACCCCUUAAGGCUCCAGUCUGGUAUUAUUCUUUUAUAUAUAUCUUUUAUUAGACAUAUACCGCCUUUCUUUUCCAAGAAGCUCAAGGUAGUAUACAUGGUUCUACUCUUCCCCAUUUCAUCCUCACAACAACUCUAUGAGGCAGGGUUAGGCUCAAAGAUGGUGGCUGUCCCAAAGCCACAACCACACCUUUUUUUUUUUUUUUGAGUUUUCUGUGCUGAAGUUGCACAGCAAAGAGUUUGCUCAACCACUGAACUCAUCACGAAUGAAGCAAGCAGGAAUGUUAGUGGGUGUGGGAAUGUUCAGGGAGAUAGGAGAGGAUAUUUUGUUUAAUGAUAUCCUUCCUAACUUGCAUUAGCAAGUUCUAUAUCUUAGCAGAGUUUAAACAUUCCCCUUUAAAAGCACAGUGGUUUGCUUGUUGCAGGCUCGUCUGAGCCUCUUUCUUUAAGAUUCCUGGUAAGAUGCCUUCUUGUCCCUCUUAAAAAGAAUAGACACGACAGUCUUAUUAAAGUUUAUAUAAAAGUAAUUUACUCACAUUCAUUCAGUUCACAGUUGGAUCCCUGAAGGCAGAUUCAGGUUACAAAAGUAUAUAUACAUGUGGAACUAUCUCAUAAGGGAGUUAGUCCCAAAAUGGAGAAGAAGGACCAAAAGAAUGUGUGCUCCCCUGCCCAGAUUAAGCCACACUCACAUCUAGUCACAUGCAGAGGAAGUUUGUCCCAGCUCAGGAGGAAACAGGAAGUUUUCUCCUGGCUGGUACAAAGCAUCCCGUAGCCUAGCAUGUCCAUUCUAGGAAUGUUGUACUUGACUGCUAUGUGUUUCACAUCCCACAGUGGGAACAGGGAUGAGUUAUGUCUCUCAUCAGUUGUGAUGUCACAGUAGGGUUCCCAUGCAACAGUAUAGGUUUCCAUGACCCCGGAGGGGUCAAAGUUCGGAGUCUCAGAAGCCUAACCAUGAAACAGGAAGCUGCCCUAUGCCAUGAGAAGACUAUGGUGGCUCUCCUUCAUUGCAGGUUUCUAAAGAGAGGUAGGAUGGCCAUCUCUCAGGGAUUCAAUCAGGUAGGGAUGGGAGAGACUCUCUGUCUGAGAUCCUGGAGAGCUGCAACUGCCUGUGUGGACAAUAUUGAGGUAGAUGGAUGUCAUGGCGCUGUCAGGAAUGGGAUUUCCAGAGUGAGGAAUUAACGCAUUGUUGUCAAAAAUACAAGUUAAGGACAGGCAGGUCCACCAGUCCUUUGUCUCUCAGCUACUCCUAGGUGUGCACCUGAUGAGGCAAUUGCCCCACCCCUGACCUUCGCUUAUGUAUCUCCCCCAUCCAAGCUGCAAGCAAGCAGGCAAAGACUGUGCCUGCAUGUAACCUGCUUCUGCUCCUCCCGCUUCAGUCCUCUUCUGGUCCUGGGAGACAGUGGAGGAGGAGAUGUGGGCAGGAGGAGGAGAUGUGGAAGCUCUUGACCAUACACCAGCCUGACCUAUCUCUCUCUCCUGCACCUGACCUCGUGUCUCCAAUCCUGCAGCUGCUCCCGCCUCUCGUCUCCUGGCUGCUGCAGGCUCCCCUAAUAAUAAUAAUAAUAAUAAUAAUAAUUUAUUAUUUAUACCCCGCCCAUCUGGCUGGGCUUCCCUAGCCACUCUGGGCGGCUCCCAACAAAACACUGAAAUACAAUAACCUAUUAAACAUUAAAAGCUUCCCUAAACAGGGCUACCUUAAGAUGUCUUCUAAAAGUUUGGUAGCUAUUUUUCUCUUUGACAUCUGGUGGGAGGCUGUUCCACAGAGCGGGCGCCACAACCGAGAAGGCCCUCUGCCUGGUUCCCUGUAACUUGGCUUCUCACAGUGAGGGAACCGCCAGAAGGCCCUCGGCGCUGGACCUCAGUGUCCGGGCAGAACGAUGGGGGUGGAGACGCUCCUUCAGGUAUACUGGAUUGAGACUGUUUAGGGCUUUAAAGGUCAGCACCAACACUUUGAAUUGUGCUCGGAAACAUACUGGGAGUCAGUGUAGGUCUUUCAAGACCGGUGUCAAAUCCCUUUCAAAUCCCUGGUCCCUUCUUGCAAGGCAGUCUCCAAGCCUGCUUCUCCCAGUGCCUGCUCCUCAGUAUCCAGCCACCACUCCCCAGUGUUCAGUUAGUCCUUGACCAUGGCCAUUGGUCGGACUUCCAAAGGAACAAAGGCAAGUUCUCUUUGUUUCUGUUUCCCUGCUCUCUGUGUUAUUUGCAGCCUUUUUUCUCCCUAGAAUUUGUGGCUUGGGAAGAGAGAGCCUCCCUCCCUCUCGGAUCGUAUUCUUCCUCUCGCGCAAGUCCUGCAAGUAUGAAAUAAACCCUCGGAAGAUGCGAGCUACGUGUUGCUCCGGCAAACAGCAAAUAAAUCACAAGGCCAUCCAGCAAUAAAUCUUUCAUGAGAUUUGGGCUGUCUGAACUCUGGCGACUGUGCGGGAAGCGUAUAAAUUUCUCUCGCAGGUAGGGCGGGGUGGAAGGGGUAGGUGGGUUGGGGGCUUAAGGGAGCCAGGAUCUCCCGAUGCCGUUAUUAACUUUGGAAGCACUUGAUGAGUUUAGAUUCAUUAAGUGUUUCGCAGCCUUGUUAAUUCAAUAAGUGCGGAUGACACUGUUAUGUAAGACAACGAUCAGUAAUUUGGGAGGAAAAUGGGUAGGAGGGGAAGGGAGCGAAGGAAUAUCAAAGCAGCCAUUGCACAGCAGAAUACUUAAUCCUUCUCCCCUCCAGAAUGAGCAAAACUUCGCUGUUUUCCCACACUGUUUUUUUGUUGUUUUUUUUAAGUCUGGGGAUUUAAAAUUAAUAUGAGCUGUGACUCAGGCUUUUGGUUCUGGCAGAUAGGGCCGCCCUAAUUGCUGAGAGGAGAAUUAAAAGAUUGGAACAUGAAUGGCAUUGCACUGGCUAUUGUCUCCUGCCUGUUCUUGGGUGACGUGGUAAUGAGGAUUUAAUGGAGACAGUCCUUCAUAUUCAGCGCUUCUAGGAAUCUGAUUGUGAUGCAGAUUGGGGGAGUUGGUCCUUAAUAUGGAACUUCAUAGCAUAUGCAGAGCGGGCUACAGAAACAGGCAAGGGGAAGAACCGUCCCCCCCAAAAAACCACCAAAAUAUUGUUACAUACCCACCCAAUCUCCAUGCAGUGAAAGAUUCCAGGGGUUCCAGAUGCUUACCUGGGGGUCUGAAGCAGAGAGUGUUAUUGGGGCAACUCGCUUGCUACUGUGAUUCUUGGGGUUCAGAGAUGUGAAAGUUGGGCUGUUCGGUGACUCAUUUUCCAGCAGCAAUGCUCCCAUCAGGCGUCUGCUCGUUUGAGUAAGUGCAGAGCUCACAAUGACCCAGAAUGAAUUCCGAUGGCUUACGAAGCACAGAUAAAAUUGGUGUAUAUGCGUCUCUCUGUGUGUGCAAGAAGACAAAACAAAUCGCCUACUCAGGGCACUGUGACCUUUUCUUAGCAACGCACUGUGCUAGCCAGCUCAGAGGAUCCAGUGUUUAACAAACUGGCCCACAUCCUUUUGGGAUGGAGAUGCACAGGUCUAGACUUCAUUUUUAUUUUAUUUUUAAUUCCAUGGAAAAAACAACAACCUAAAACUAAAUUUUCUCUUUGACAAUAUUUUUAAAAAUUGAUUACAAACCUGUAGUAGCAACUCAAUAGUUGUGUGUUUUUAGCAUUCUGCCACAAGAGAGUACAAGAAUAGUAAGGACACUUUCCAGACUUGUGGGCUGGAAGCAAUAACUGCUUUCUUUUUUACUGAAAUGAAAAGCUAAGAUUUUCCAGGAUUUUUGUUGAGAAUUGGGUGCAGGCGAGCCAUUAAGACUCAUGUUAUUCUCAGUUAUUUUUCAACGUAGUUUGAGGUGCUCCCAAUACAACCCAAUUCUGGAGCAGGGUGGUUGGGAUUGGUCUGAGUGUAUGUAUAAAUAGCAGUGAAAAAAAAAGAUGUGAGUUUAGGCCAAGAGUGGGGAACCUAUGCCCACCCCCAGAUAGUAUUGGACUACAACUCCCAUCAACCCUGACCAUUGGCUAUGCUGACUGGGGCUGAAGGGAACAGGUUUCUCCAAUGAAAAUAGGGACGUCCCAUUCCAGAAUGAUAAUUUUACUAUUUAUACCCCACACAUCUUAUUGGGUUGCCCCAGCCACUCUGGCGACAUCCAACAUGUAUAAAACAUUAAACAUUAAAAAAGACUUCCUUAUAAAGAUUGCCUUCAGGCAGCUCAGGGGCUGGAUAACUCCAUAUCCUCCAACAUUUCUCCAAUGAAAAUAGAGACAUCUUACCAUGCCCUCCAACAUUUCUUCAGUGAAAAUAGGGACAUCCUAAGGAAAAGUGGGACAUUCGGGGAUCAAAUCAGAAACUGGGAUGGCUUCUCUAAAUCAGGGAUGUCCCUGGAUAAUAGGGACACUUGGAGGGUCUGUCAUUCCUGCUCCAUGCCCUAGACCUAGAGCCAGUGUGGUGUAGUGGUUAAGAGCGGUUGACUCGUAAUCUGGUGAACCGGGUUCGCUUCCCCGCUUCUCCACAUGCAGCUGCUGGGUGACCUUGGGCUAGUCACACUUCUCUGAAGUCUCUCAGCCCCACUCACCUCACAGAGUGUUUGUUGUGGGGGAGGAAGGGAAAGGAGAAUGUUAGCCGCUUUGAGACUCCUUCAGGUAGUGAUAAAGCUGGGUAUCAAAUCCAAACUCCUCCUUCUCCUCCUCCUCCUCUUCUUCUUUCCCCAACCUCAUGAGCUCCAGUGCUUUUGAACUACAAUUCCCAUCAUCUAUGGUAAAAAGAUAAAAAGGUAAAGGACCCCUGGAUGGUUAAACCCAGUCAAAGGCAACUAUGGGGUGCGGUGCUCAUCUCGCUUUUCAGGCCAAGGGAGCUGGUGUUUGUCCACAGACAGCGUUCCAGGACAUGUGGCCAGCAUGACUAAACCUCUUCUGGAUCUGCGAUGUUGAUGGGAGUUGUAGUCUAAAACAGGAAAGCAGGUGGAGGAAGGCUCUAGGAGAAUCCUGUAAUUUGUAGCUUUGGGAUUAGUGUUGCUUGCCUGGGUUAAUACCCAUUCAACCUGUACCUAAAAAAUAAACUGUACUGAAAAUAAAUAUUCCUUGGAAUCUUUGCAAGAGAGGAUUAUGUGCCUUGCCAACGAUCUCACAAAAGGACACCCGUUCAGUCUGACAGUUCUCAAACUGGGCUGGGUAGUCCUUCCAUUUUUGCAAACAGCACUUCUCCAUUCCACCCCUCCUUGUUCUACUUAUCUCCAGUUUUUGCCAGGAGGGAGCGAGGGAGGGAAAGAUCCAGUUUCCUUGAAACCCUGAGUAUUUCAUGUGGAGUUGUGCUAAGUACACAAAUGCAGAUUUCCCUUAAUUCGUUUAAUUAAUUCUGGCUGCAGAAGUUAGAUCUCCUUUCCAUAGAAUUUGGAGUCUGUCUACUUUUCCUUUAAAAUGAAAACAGCAAUUUUCACCAUUAUUGUUUGGUACCAUCAGAGAGGAUGAGAAGGAGGAAGCCACCUUAUCUUACCUUGUGUGGUGCAGGGAUGGAAUUGCUUGCUGGAGAUGACCAGAGCGGAUUUCUCUGCGUUAGGGACUUUUGUGUGAUGCUCAUAGCCUCUGGUUCUGGCACAUGGAAGCUGGCCCACUUCUGAAAACAAGAUGGAGUCUUGGCCUGACUUAGCAGGACUCUUCCAGCACGUGGGUUGCUUUGAGAGUAGCUAGGGAGUGAGUGGUCCCUCUAGCCUCAAACAGAUGUUGGAUGCUACCUCAUACAGGACUUGAUCUCCUUCCUCAGGGCCUGUAAGACGGAGCUAUUGCGCCUGGCCUUCAAUUUGAAUUAGCCUGAUCCUCUAUUCCCUUUUCCCUUUCCUCUUCCAUGAAGAAACCCUUUCUGGGACCCCACAUUUAAAUUCUUCCCUGGUCUCCUUGCUGGCCCUAGUAGGGCCAACUUGGCCACUUAGCCCUGGUGAUCAUUUGAUGUCUACUGACUGGGUUUUUUUUCUCCCCCCCCCCCCAAAAAAAUGACCCCUGAAUUUUUGAAUUUUAUUGGUAUUGAUGCUGCAUUUUAUGUUGUAUUUUAUGCUGUUUUAUGGUGUUUUUAAGUCGCAUUUUAAUCAAUGUUUUAUAUUUGCUGUUAGCUGCCCUGAGCCCUGUUUUACACCGGGAAGGGUGGGGUAUAAAUAAUCAUCAUCAUCAUCAUCAUCAUCAUCAUACCCAGAUCAGACUAAAUGUCCCUCAAGGCCAGGUUCCGCUAGACUACAACUCCCACAAUCCCCGACUACUUUCCUUGCUGGCUGGGGCUAAUAGGAGUUGGAGUGCAAAAUAUCUAGAGGUUGCCAUGCUGGAGAAGGCUGACUUGAAGUCCAGUACAGUGGUACCUCAGGCUAAGCACUUAAUUCGUUCCGGAGGUCCGUACUUAACCUGAAACUGUUCUUAACCUGAAGCACCACUUUAGCUAAUGGGGCCUCCUGCUGCCGCCACACCGCCGGAGCACAAUUUCUGUUCUCAUCCUGAAGCAAAGUUCUUAACCUGAGGUACUAUUUCUGGGUUAGCAAAGUCUGUAACCUGAAGCGCCUGUAACCUGAAGCGUCUGUAACCCGAGGUACUACUGUAUCUGACUUGCUACAGCUGUCUUAAGGACUAUGGGCAACUGGCUGUUCUUUCUAGCUGAGAGCAAGGAAGGAGUCUAGGAACUCAGGAAGCUACCAAGCCAGACUUACUGGUCCAUUCUCACCAGUGGAUCUCAAGAUAUGUUCUCUGGACCACACUUUCAGAAUCAAACUUUGCUUGUGCUGCUCCACAUAUUUUAUUGGUAAGAAAUCCAUUGGAAAACGAAAAGAAGCAACUCCUAGCCGUGCUUGAUUUUUGACACAGAACACAACUACUUUAUAAUACAACCUUGGGACAUCCAGAAAGUAUAAAACGAUGCAGCUAAUAUAAGAACACUAACCAUUCCCAAAAUAUAAUUAUAAACAAGCCUCUUACAUAUGUACCUUAAGUAUGUAUACAAACUGAAUGAGAGGCGAGAGCUCGCUUUUGCCUGGUAAUCUCAUUUACAGUAGGUCUAAUUUGAAACAAGCUCUCAUCAGCACAAAGAAGCCUUUCUCUUUUCUGACCUUUCCUAUUUGUCAGAGUUGAAAAUCCUUGUUCACAACAACAUGUCGUGGAGAACUGUAGAAAAAUAGCCAAUGCUUUUAAAGUACUGUUUUUGGACACGCUCUACGGGGAGCUGAGUUCCGGCACCAGGCCCAUUGGCAGACCCAACUCUCUGUUACAAAGAUGCCUGGAGACAUGACAAGAAGGAUGUCAACAUUAACCCCACCAUGUGGGAAUCCCUUGCAGAUGACCAUAACACCUGGAGACAAUCAGUCAAGUUGUAUAGCCACAGUGGUGACCACAUGGCCGCUGGGAGGAGCAGAGAGAGAAGGAAUGCGCUGGUGCAUCUGCACAGCAGCAUAGCUAGCCGCUUGGGUGCUGGGUGCGGUGCACGCAUCCUGCAUCCAGGGGCUGGGCGAGCCUGUCAGGAUCCACAGAAUGCUGUGUGAGAUAGUAAGUCUGCAGGCUUGAGUUUGCCAGUUGAUGCAACUGGCUGAUGCAACCAGCCUGCAAUACUUUCUAUGGAAGUGCUGGGUCAGAAAGACUCAGCAGUAAUGUGCUGCCAGUUGAUUGGCUGUCAUCGGUUUAAAAGGGAAACCUGUCCAGCAGUAAAGGUAGUGGUUUAGAAGAGUGUGGUCAGAGAGAGAGAGAUAGAAAGGUCUUCCUUUUUGCCUUAAGGUGCAGCCAGGUACUCUGUUUGACUGUAUGAACUGCUCGUGUAUUAUAGCCUGUAGAUAUUUAUAUAUAUAAAGGUAAAGGGACCCCUGACCAUUAGGUACAGUCGUGACCGACUCUGGAGUUGCGUCACUCAUCUCGCUUUAUUGGCUAAGGGAGCCAGUGUACAGCUUCCGGGUCAUGUGGCCAGCAUGACUAAGCUGCUUCUGGCUAACCAGAGCAGCGCACGGAAACACCGUUUACCUUCCCGCAGGAGCGGUACCUAUUUAUCUGCUUGCACUUUGAUGUGCUUUUGAACUGCUAGGUUAGCAGGAGCUGGGACCAAGCAACAGGAGCUCACCCCGUCGUGGGGAUUUGAACCGCCGACCUUCUGAACGGCAAGUCCUAGGCUCUGUGGUUUAACCCACAGCACCACCCACGUAUAGCUCACAAUAAAUAUACUGCACUGAAGAACCUGGAACUCUGAGCAUUUUUGCUAAAGCGCUGCGGAGAAUGAGGGUGGGGUGCACUGCGUGGAGCCUUUCCACCACCUCACCCUCAACUGUAGGGGGGCUGAGAGAGAGGCGGAGGGCAGGCACAAGCCAUGUGCUUCCAUUUCAGGCAGCGCAGAGCCUACAGGCACCCAAGCCACCACAUCACUCCCAGGAGAGCCACGUUGCUCGGGCACGCUGCAGACCCCACAGUAAGUGCCGGCCCCAGUGGUGUGGCGCCCAGUGCCAGCCACGUUUCUUUCCAUUUGUUGACUGAACUAAAAAGUUUUGUGACCCCAUUUUUUUAAAAAAAACCACCUCAUAUUUUUGUCAUUUUGUCAAUCCCCGCACCCCAGUAAUGACACUUGCCAUCCAGUGUGGUGUAUUGGUUAAGAGCAGUGGACUCGUAAUCUGGUGAACCGGGUUCGUGUCUCCACUCCUCCACAUGCAGCUGCUGGGUGACCUUGGGCCAGUCACACUUCUCUGAAGUCUCUCAGCCCCACUCACCUCACAGAGUGUUUGUUGUGGGGGAGGAAGGGAAAGGAGAAUGUUAGCCACUUUGAGACUCCUUAGGGUAGUGAUAAAGCGGGAUAUCAAAUCCAAAAUCCAAACUCUACUCUCCUGCCGCACCCUUUGAGAACCACAAGUCUGCACCCUCUAGGGUUCCAGACAGGGACCAUGUUCAGCCCCACCUGGAAAUGAUGAGGAUCGAAUCUGGGACCUUCUGUAUGUAUAGCAUGCAUGUUCUACCAUUGAGCUCUAGUUCUUCUCAUCAAAGGGCAAAGGUCCUUGCUCCUGCUGCUCCUCUGGUUGGUGGAUGGGCUAGGCUGGCUUUCCCCUUGCACCAGCCCUCCUCCUCUCCCUUCCCUUGAAUCUCAGCUCCACACGUAGUUAAAGGCAGCAGUGGGCUUUAUUUAAAACACUACCCCACCCCGAAAGAAUCCAUUUCUGUUCUUCUGCGUAGCCCAUUCCACAGUCAUUGCUUUUUGCCUCCCAGUUUCAGCUCCUGCUCCACCUUGCUUUGCUGAUAAUAAGUUUUUGGAAGCAGCGCAGGAGGAAGGGACGGCUGACUGCAUUUCAUGCAUGACGAAUUGGCCCACAUCCCUGAGAUUAGAUCUGAGGUGGCUCUUCCCUCCCUUCACCUGAUCCGUUGGGCAAACUCUUUGCGCAGCCAAAUAAAUUGCUCUUCCCCUCAAGGCAGGGGAAGUAUCUGUCUGUCUCUAAGGUAGGCGGCGAUACAGAGGUUGUCGGAGCCUCCUGCGUGAGGGCAAGGUCUCCUGGUACAAAAUAGGUCUAAAGACUAAUUUUGAUGUCUGUGUACGAGAGAGAGAGAGAGAGAGAGAGAGAGAGAGAGAGAGAGAGUGUUAAACCACUGCCUCCUGUUCUCACAGUAGCCAAUAGUGGGAAACUCAAAAAGCAGUAUCUGAGCAAAACAGCACUCUCUCUCUAUUUGCAGUUCAUCUGCAACUGGCAUUUAGAGAGGCCUACCACAUCUGGUGGCGCUGUGGGUUAAACCACAGAGCCUAGGGCUUGCUGAUCAGAAGGUUGGCAGUUCGAAUCCCCACAAUGGGGUGAGCUCCCAUUGCUCGGUCCCUGCUCCUGCCAACCUAGCAGUUCGAAAGCAUGUCAAAGUGCAAGUAGAUAAAUAGGUACCACUCUGGCGGGAAGGUAAAUGGUGUUUCCGUGCGCUGCUCUGGUUCGCCAGAAGUGGCUUAGUCAUGCUGGCCACAUGACCCAGAAGCUGUAUGCUUCCUCCCUCGUCCAAUAAAGCGAGAUGAGAGACGCAACCCCAGAGUCGUCCGCAACUAGACUUAAUGGUCAGGGGUCCCUUUACCUGUACCUUUACCACAUCCGACAGUGGAGAGCGAACAUAGUUAUUGUGGCUAGUAGGCACUGAAAGCCUUACCGUCCAUUGAGUUGUCCAAAGCCAGCCAAGUUGUUGGCCAGCACUGUCUUCUGUGGGACACAGCUCCAUAGUUUAACCAUGUGUCGUGUGAAAUGCUUCUGUGAAGUGUUCUUUGGGGCACCUACUAAGUUUACAAAGCUAUUGUUUACAAAGCUAUUGUACUACCAACCUUACUAUAUGCUUGUGAAACAUGGACCACUUAUAAAUGCCAUCUCCAGCUCCUCGAAAGAUUCCAUCAACAGUGUCUCCGGAAAUUUUUACACAUACUUAGGAAGCCAGGGGAACUAAUACCAGUGUACUGGAAGAAGCAAAGAUCAAGCAGUGUCAAAGCAAUGAUUAUUCAACAUCAAUUUUGUUGGACUGGUCAUGUUGUGCGGAUACCAGAUGAUCGUCUUCCAAUGCAACUACUCUAUUCCGGACUUAAAAAUGGAAAGCAUAGUGCUGGUGGUCAACAAAAGAGGUUUAAAGACUGUCUCAAGGCAAAUCUAAAUAAAGGGUAGUAUAAACACUGACAACUGGGAAACACUGGCCUGUGAGUGCUCCAGUUGGAGAACAGCCUUUACCAAAGGUGUCAUGGGCUUUGAAGACACUCAAACUCAAGACGCAAGGGAGAAAUGUGCUAAGAGGAAGGCAUGCUUGGCGAAUCCACACCGUGAUCAACUCCCACCUGGAAACCAAUGCCCCCACUGCGGAAGGACGUGUGGAUCCAGAAUUGGCCUCCACAGUCACUUACGGACUCACUGUUAAAACCGUGUUUAUGGAAGACAAUCUUACUUGGCUACGAGGGAUCACCAAAGAAGAAGAAGAAGAACACAGAGCAUAGGGGGCAAAGUAUGAGAAUUGUGGGUGCCUGCCUGAUUUAAGUGCGAGCUGUGGUGACGCUAGUUUGUAUAGAAACUAAACGAAUUUGAACUAAAUGUGGGGCGGUCGUGAGCUCUUCCUAGUCCCUCCUCCUUCUCUUAGACUUCUCAUUUCAAUUCAUUUUUCAUUUAUUAUAUUUCUAUGUGGCUUUUCACUCACCUGAGUCGCAACGAGGCUUACAUACAAUAAGUGACACAGUAGAGCAUCGCAACGGCAACGUAAAUUAUAUAAAACAAUCAACAAAUCAUCAGUAAAAACCCCCACCUUCUAUAAAACACUAUUUUUAAAAAAACUUAGAAAAUUAGAUAAACAGCACAGCCACAAGAAAAGUCAUAUUAUAAAAUUCACAAAACAUUACAACUCUCAUAACCCACAAAACUUAGCAACGUUAACUAGCUAACAACCAAAAACAAGCUGAGCGCUACUGAAGUCACACACACACUCACCUGUGUGACUGUGGAAGACUCAUAGUCUUCCAAUCAGUUCAUCAAAAAACACAUUCACAUAAUGUCUGUUGUAGCUUCUGGUCUGCCUGCCCCAGCCAUCUCUAGCAUCUAGCUUGGCCAAUGACUACCAGAGUCCGCCCUACUCCAUUGUGAUGCGGAGCAGUCCAGCCAAUCACCAGAGUCUUCUCAAAUGACAUGUUGAUUGUUGGCCAGAGGCAAAAGGUUCUGAAUGUCAUAUGCUUUGCAAGAAGCAGGUCUCAGCUUCAGUAUCUCCAGGUAGGGCUGCAGAUGACCUCUGUCCUCAAACUCUUGAGAAGACAAUACAGAACUAGAUGAGGCAAUGUAAGGUGGCUCCCUGUGCUCCUAUUUGGUAUUUUCUCAUUUGCUUUGGAACACACAUCUGCUGGGAAUUGCUGGGAGCACAUUGAUUUCUUUGGGGUUUACACUGGGGAACUUCUGGCUAGCUUAUGCUAUGGAAAUAAGGUCUGAGGUUUUUCUUUCUUUCUUUAGCAAUGUUAAAAGCAUCCACCUCUUGGGCCCGGUUGUACUUUUAUUCAGUAAAAGUGAAAAAAUGAAGAGAUGAAAAAUAGCAAUAAAAUAUUUUCCCCUUCUCCAGCAUAAAAUCCAAUACUCGGAGGAAAGGAAUGGAUCAGUAAAGUGGGUUUUAAAAACAAAUUGGCACAGACUCCCUAUAACUCCCCCACCCAUCUUCUUAAACAGGAUAUGCAGCAGACCUUUAGCACUUAGAAAAAUUGACACAUGUGGACAAAGCUAAAUCGGAAGGCAAAAUAAGCCAUGAAAUUCUUUUACAUCUGUUUCACAUGGUUGAACUAUAUAGCUAGUUAUAUGAAUAGAGUUCAGCUUCCAAACAUCAACUUGGUUAACACAAUAAAUUUAUGGCUUGCAAAAUCAUAGCCUUAGCAGGGAGGAAUGAAUGCUGGCAUUGCAUGUUCCUCUUCACCGCUCUCUUCCUCUCUCAUCAGUGCUUACAUCCAGGUUUAAUUAAAUCACAGUUAACUGUUACAUCUGCAACAGGGAACCAUGGUUUAAUGCCAGUUUAUUCAACCAGGUUCUUAAAACAUGGUUUAAAGUUGGUUUAAGAUCCUGGUUAGUAAGCUGGCAUUAAACGAUAGUUCUCCAUUGCUUGAAUGCUACUCCGUGUAAAAGGCUCCCAGCAUGUGAAAAAGUUGCAAACAAGAAGGCUUGGCUAAAACUCUUCUUCUGGUUAUGCUUGAUCAACAUGGGCAAAGAAGUAUUUUUGCCACGAAAGGUUGCCACCUUUGGACUGCCCUCUGCUUCUAUACUUUUAACAGUUGCAUGGUCAGUGGAAGUCUCCAAGUUAGUUGGUGCUUUAGAAACAAAUUACAUCACCUUCUCAUCUCAGGCCUAGAAGGAAAAAAAACAGUCACUCUAAAACUGGAUAUUAAAAACCUGUUCCGUGUCUAGACCCCGUAACCACCCCCUUGGAAAGAAGACACCAGGACACAAAUAUUAUGUUAAUGUUAUUGGGCAAAUUUUGGCCACAACCUUAUUGAUUACAGACUGUGAGUGGUAUUGGCUUAGGCAUUGAAUGAACCCGACUAUAUCUGACUCCUGCCCGCUGUGCAGGAAGUCCAGUAAGGGUAAACCACCAGAAAGGGGAGCCCCAUCGAUGCAGACCAACUUGGGCUCCCCCAGAUGUUCCCGUUGGGAUCGUGGCAUGGCCCUAGCCCUGCCCCAAGCUUCAGACAAGAUCCACACACCCCGGAUUCCUUUAAUGGAAUACCCUUAAGGUUGGAGGGGCAGGUGAUGGCCGUACCUCCCCUCCCCCAUCAAAAGGUCAAACAAUGCCUAACCGCAAAACCUUACAAAGUUGUGACGAUUGCUACGAGGUAGGCGAAAACCAAAUGGCCCUAUGCCAAUUUUGCCAAGUGGAAAAAUUCCUACCAGGUCCCUCAAUGGCGACCAACCAGGGUCCAUAGCAAGGCCAAUGAACAGCAACCUGUAAAAUAGGGAGGGAGGGCAGGAGUUUAAAGGAAGCGAGCAAAGAAGGGGCCCUCCAGCUCAUGCCAAAGCUUAAAUUGCCCCGGCCAUGCCCCCCAGCCACCAGAUUGGCCGGCUGGGCAAUGACAUGGCCGGGAUCUCCCGGGCAAUGCGGGACUUCGUCCCCCGCCCCCGGAGGAGAGUGGUGACCACGUGGCCCACCGCAACUCCUCCCCACUGUGAAGUGGAGUGGACUUCUCUGUGGUGGAAGUGGCUUCCAGAUGGCUCCAUGCAUGUACCAGGUGGUUGUUCUUCUUGAAACACUUCAUCUCCAAGAUUGGUACCUGCACGUACCUACCUGCCCAAGGAAGACUGAGAAUAAUCUCCACACCUGCCACCUGGAGGUACUUCUUCCUUCCUGUUGUCAGUACUGGCAACAGGAUGGUGGCUACAAUUUGCCACCCCAAAACAGGAACCCAAACACCGUCCAAGGCAGUGCCUUCAGCCCAUCAUCUCAUGAUCCUGCUGGCUGAGAACGCCCCAAAAUAAUCAUUGGGAGUGUUCUCCCACAUUCUAGGCUCAAGCUGCACCUGACAUUGCAGUUCUGCACUGUUUUUGAAACCCAAAUUUACCCUGGGCAGACAGUGGUUCAGGUAGAGCAAAGGAGGACCGCUUAACUCUUCACUGUACCUGCCCCAUGCUGUUAUUCCAGAUGUUGAAGCAGGUUGGGAGGAAAUUUGAGGAAUAUCUGGGGCCUCCAUAUCUUAAGGUUAAGCAGACUCUCCAGCUUUCCUUUCUCCAUCCUGAAUUCUGGGUUGGAGACAGAACUUCAUGCAAAGCAUAGCUUGACCCUCAUAUUUGUUGUCAUGCACUGAACUUGUGUUUCAGUACUUUGGGAAUUAAAAUUUAUGCUGGCAGGAGCUCCAGGAGCUAAGAGCCGUGUUCCUGGACCACUAAAAUGUUGUUUUAACAAGCCUGUUUUAUUUCUUAGUUAGGAAAAGCACCCACGCUUUGUGGAACUGUCCUUUCAACUACAGUAGUCCAAACAUGCAUAAACAUUGGAACCAAAACUCCCUUCCCCUGCACUUUUGAAUUAAGUUACGAUCUGCUGGACUUCACCAAUGGAGGCCCAACUAACAUUUUGUGCUCACAGUCGCCAGGUCUAAUUAGAGAGACAUUCUCUUGGUGUCUCUUUUUUCGCUCGCUGGCUCUUGCAAAAGUCACAGCCGUCGAGCCUUAGUGUAGGUUUUUCUUCCACCUUCCUAAUUGGAGUGUUUGCCCCAGCUAUUUGCUCUUAAGACAUUUACAAGAGACAUUACACAUUUUUCGCAGAUCUCUUGGCAACUCUGCAACUGUGGAACAGCUGCUAGCAAAGCACAGAAAACCCAAAUUGGGGGCGGCAAGCUUCAAGAGAUUACUACGAUACUUGCUCUUUUGCCCCAGAAAUCUCUGAGCAUAACAGAAAGAAAUGGAAGAAACGGCUAGUUAGUUCAGUCAGCGGUCUUUGGGGGAUGUAACACUAAACAGGGAUUAAUUGAUGCCCUCCCCAACUCAUAUCCCCCCACUUUUUACCUCCACAGGUAUGUCAUGAGAUCAAAACUUUUUGCUUCCACUUUAAAAAUAUUUCCUUUUCCCCUCUGAACUCAGGGAAACUCUGGUUAUUUUAAACAUUGGUUUGAACAAGCCAUGGUUUCUGACCCUGGUUUGUUAACAGACUGUAAAUUAAACUAACCAGAGUUCAGAUGCAACAAAGAACCCUUGUUACUUCGAAAGUGUAUGCUUCCAAUUUCCUCCUUGUGGCUGUACUAGAGGGCAGAGGAAACAUGCAUGUCAGAGGCAUGAUGAUGCUUGUGCAUGUAACAUACAACCAUAAUUUAGUGGCGGGUCAGCCAAUGCAGUGCACCAAGCAAGAUGCUGUGGACUGCUGCUGCAGUUUCAUCCAAUUCUCCUGGGUUUCAGGCAGGGUUGUCUGCCAGGCCUUUUUGGAGAUGUCAGGAAUUGAACCUAGAAACUUCCUCAUGCGAACCACCAAGCUAUGAGGAACUCUAGCAUUGAAACUGUUUGGGAUUCAGUAACUCAGUGCUCAUCCACACUUCACUUGCAUAGUUUCUGAGCAGGUCUGAGCAGUUUCUCACUUGUCCUGGGCUGUCUAGGCGCAGGUUCAAGUGGUUUUCCAUUUGCCCUGCUGCUUCCUCCAGGAAGAGCUGCUCUUUGGUGCUGAUUUGGAGCAAACAACAAUCUGUGGAGUAUUUGAAGAGUGUAUGUGAUGAGCAAACAAUGCUAGUGGGUUUUAAAGAGGCUUUGUGAAAAAAUAAGAAAUAUUGCAAGAAUGCAAAUAUGUUUGUAAAGGUAUCUUAAAAGGCGAUACUAAUUUUGGGGAAUGUGUAGAUAAUAAAUUUAAAUACGGAUGAUUGUCAGAGAAGCUGAGUGAAGUCCAAAAGAUGAAAAUAUGUUAAUUGGGAAAUUGUUUAAUUGGAGAUAUUUGUGUAAAACAAUUGGGAAAUUGUUUAAUUGGAGAUAUUUGUGUAAAACUUAAUAACAAUUUAUUUAAAAAAAACAAAAAACAACAAUCUGUGGAAAAGUCGGUUGACAUUUACUCUGAUUCAGUAGUAAAGAGCAGCUCUUCCUGGGGAAAAGCACCAGGGCAAACGGAAGUAUGGCGAAGCCAAGGCUUGAAAGUUGUUGUAUAUCAGCAAAAGGCAGAAAGACUCUGGGGCCAAGCACCUGAGUUGGAAUUUGUGUGCAGAUUUGGCAGUAUAAGACACGGACUCAGUGCAAACUGGGAGGGUCUCACCCAUUUCAGAAGAGUGCUUGGGUUGUGGCUCAAAGGUAGCUUUGAGAUAACCUGUUAAUUGAGCAUUGACUACAUGGAACUGGCGGAAAUGACUGGCAGAAUCCGAGACCAGGGAAAAGAGUCGGUGAAAGAAGACUGGAAGAAAUUUAAAGACUAUUUACAGAAAUAUUGUAAAAUUAAGGAAUCUUAGAAGGAUGUUGGACAGAAACUAAGAGCUUUUUAGCUGUAAUGCUUUAAGAGAUAUGAAAAAAGGCUUACAAUUGGGCAAAAGUUUAAUGGUAAGGAUUUGCUGAACUAACAAACUGAACUGGAAUACAAAAAAGGGAGGUAUGAGGAGGUCCGGGGAAAUAAGUCUAGAGAAGAUAGGUUUGGAAAAUUAAUGUCUUUUUAACUGUUUUAUUUUGUAUGUUUCUUUUUAUCCUUUACUUUUUUGUUAUAUUUUUAAAAACUUUACUCUUUUUUCUGUAUUUUGUAUUCUAUUUUUUGUAACUUUAAUAAAUAUCAUUUAAAAAUAAUAAUAAUUGAGCAUGCCUGUGGGUGUUUGUGCAGGGUUUGCACAAAAUUUCCAAGAAGGUUAUGCAAACCUGGCUGUUUAUUGAGAAUUUAUUCUGAUUAUAUUUCUUUUCUCCCCCACCCCCCCAAAAAAAGUGUGCCAGAAGGUUACACAAUACUCACUGUUUUUUGAGAAUUCUUCUGAUUUUAAUAUUUUUUGCACGAUGUUUGCCAAAGGUUUUGCAAAACCCAGCUGUUUAUUGAGCAUUCUUGGCGUGGAGAUUAUAUGACAUCACAUCAAACAAUUGUUAUCCCUCACUUUCCUUACUACAAAAAAUGUUCUUGGAGAGGGUGGAAGCGUGUUUCUUGCAUAGAGCACCAAAUCCAAAGUAAUUGGGCAACCUGAAUUUACUGGUAUGGGAUCAAAUCCCACACAGGAAUUUCUGGAUUCGUCAGUGGGGUUUGCUUCCAAGUAAAGAUGGGGAGAUGGGCUAGAUCCAGAAUGGGGAGCCAGUGCAGUGUAGUGGUUAAGAGCGGUGGACUUGUAAUCUGGUGAACCAGGUUUGCUUCCCUGCUCCUCCACAUGCAGCUGCUGGGUGACCUUGGGCCAGUCACACUUCUCUGAAGUCUCUCAGCCCCACUCACCUCACAGAGUGUUUGUUGUGGGGGAGGAAGGGAAAGGAGAUUGUUAGCCACUUUGAGACUCCUUAGGAUAGUGAUAAAGCGGGAUAUCAAAUCCAAACUCCUCCUCCUCCUCCUCCUCCUCCUCCUCCUCCUCCUCCUCCUCUUCCUCCUCCUCUUCUUCUUCUUCUUCUUCGCCUCACUUUGGUGGCAACCAAAAGACCCAACCUACCUUGGAAUUCCCAUAUCAUACCCAGCUAGUACUUCUGUGCCUCAUUUUCCUCUUGGUAAAUGAGGGAUAAAACCUGGAACUUGGGAUGGGCAAAUGGUCUCACUUUUGGUUUCUCUCCAUUUUGGUUUCUCUCCAUUUCAGUCUUAGAUUCAGUUCUCUGCAUUUCCUUAUCAGUUUGGGUGUGUGUGUGUGUGUGUGUGUGUGUGUAUCGAUCCUGAAAGUUCAUCAGGAUUUUAAUAUGAAUUUUUCAUAAUAUACUCAUAUUUAUAUCCCAUUUUCCCUAAUAUCAUUUUUGAAAAGCUAUUUCCCCUGAUGUGAUGCAUUUUAAUAUGCUAUUUUUUCCACUAAUAUAUGCAUUUUAAUGCACACUUUACCAUAGAGCAUGGUUUUUUGUACACAUUCCUUGUGGACUGGAGAGCUGCAGUGCAAAAUUCAAAGAAGAGUGAAAUUUUAAAGGCUAUCUGAGUUUCACUUUAUGUCUCGGUUUGAAAAGUGUGAAGUAGGUAGUUUGUGUUUAGAUGCAUAUGAUCAUUUAUUUAUUCGCUGAAUUUUUAAACUACUUUAUCUUGACCAGGGCAACCCAAAGCGAUGUACAGUGAUAACUCGGGUUAAGUACUUAAUUCGUUCCGGAGGUCCGUUCUUAACCUGAAACUGUUCUUAACCUGAAGUACCACUUUAGCUAAUGGGGCCUCCCGCUGCCGCCGCACUGCCGGAGCACGAUUUCUGUUCUCAUCCUGAAGCAAAGUUCUUAACCUGAAGCACUUUUUCUGGGUUAGCGGAGUCUGUAACCUGAAGGGUGUGUAACCCGAGGUACCACUGUACACCCAAACAAAUCAGUCCUAGCUAGGUUUGAUUUAAAGUGCAUUGAGGGAAUCUAAGAGAGACAAACCAUAGAUUCUGAACGCUUUGCCUGCUUCUCUGCAUUUUCUCUCUACUGAGAUGCCACAAGACUCUUUGUUGUCUGUGAGCACAAGAGGGCAUGUUUUUAAGAAGCUGCCUUAAUUAAUCUGGAUUAACUAACAUCACCAUCAGAGCCGAUUGCAUGUGCCCUAAUCCGCCUUGCAGAAUAAAGCCUCCCCUUUUCAAUUCACAAACAUGCAAAUUCUCGAUUUCAGAGCAUUUUUUCUUGAAUGGGGAAAAUCUACUCCUUUAAUGCUUUUUACACAGUCUCUGAGGGCCUAAUCCUUCCAUAAUUUGUUCAGAAGACAGGUUUAUUUUGGUGGGCCUUAAUCUCAAAUUUAGGGACACGGGUGGCGCUGUGGUCUAAACCACAGAGCCUAGGACUUGCUGAUCAGAAGGUCGGUGGUUCCAAUCACCGCGAUGGGGUAAACUCACGUUGCUCGGUCCCUGCUCCUGCCCACCUAGCAGUUUGAAAGCACGUCAAAGUGCAAGUAGAUAAAUAGGUACCUCUUCACCGGGAAGGUAAACAGCAUUUCUGUGUGCUGCUCUGGUUCACCAGAAGCGGCUUAGUCAUGCUGGCCACAUGACCCGGAAGCUGUACGCCGGCUCCCUUGGCCAUUAAGGCGAGAUGAGCGCCGCAACCCCAGAGUCAUCCGCGACUGGACCUAACAGUCAGGGGUCCCUUUACCUUUACCUUUCAAUCUCAAAUUUAAAGCUGCUGCUUCUAGGAAACAAAGUUUAAAAAACUUGUUGAGGAAUCUGCACUCCAGUCCAGACCCCUUAACACUCUACAGCCUAAUCCAGCACAUCUUUGUCCUGACGCAGGGCCCCGCUGUCUGCAAUGAGACUUACUCCCAGGUAAGCAUGUCUGCAGAUUAGCAGUCUAGUUGUAGGCUUGUUUUCCUAGAAGUAAAUCCCAGUGUGUUGCAUUGUAGCCCACACAUUUUUUAACGGGAUGCAAGGCCCGUUGAAUUCAGCGGGACUCUCUCCCAAACAGGGCUGGAGGAGAAUUUUAGAUUUUGUUUGCGUUUUAACAAACUAACCAAUCUGCAUUUCUGGAACCAAUCUGAGCACUUCUCCAAAUUGGCGACACGAUUCUCCAACCAAAUGGUGCCUUGCUUCUCCCCCCUCCUACAAUUUAUUUCCCGCCCUUCACCCAAAACUCCUAGGGCGAGUUACAAUCAAAACACAACAUUAGCAUUAAAACACAAUAUUUAAAACAGCUCAAAGCAACCUAUUAUUUCAGAAAUGAUGUGGGUCCUAUAUUUUGCUAGAAGCUGGACCAUAUAUGGUGCAAUGUACCACAGAGCCUAGGACUUGCCAAUCAGAAGGUUGGCGGUUCGAAUCCCCGUGACGGAGUGAGCUCCCGUUGCUCGGUCCCUGCUCCUGCCAACCUAGCAGUUUGAAAGCAUGUCAAAGUGCAAGUAGAUAAAUAGGUACCACUCCAGUGGGAAGGUAAACGGCGUUUCCGUGCGCUGCUCUGGUUUGCCAGAAGCGGUUUAGUCCUGCUGGCCACAUGACCCGGAAGCUGUACGCCGGCUCCCUCGGCCAAUAAAGCGAGAUGAGCACCACAACCCCAGAGUCGGCCACGACUGGACCUAAUGGUCAGGGGUCUCUUUACCUCUUGGUUAAAGGUGUGCAGCUUUGGGUCAGGUGGUUCAAAGGGAUCCUCUUGCCCUGUUUUUUUUUAUUUUCUUUUUUUAGAUUGCCACAUCAGGUGGCCCAAGAAUCCAUCCCCAUUCAUAACCCUUGA